CCGGAGCCAUUUGGGCGAAGAACGCGUGGCUACCCGGAGCGCUUCAGCGGGUGCUCUAGUGACGGCGGGAACCACCAUGGCGGGUGGAUGGUAAUGCCGGUGACGGUCCGAAAACUCGCCUUACCAUGGUAAGGGGUGGAGAAUGGGCUCCAGUCCCCCCUCUGUCUCACAGGGGGAUUCUACCCCAUAGGAGCUCCCCUUCUCCUCCCCGCCCCCUGUCAGCACCCUUCUCCCUCCCUCUCCAAGCCUGACUCCCCUUCUUAAAUUGGCCGGGAUAGAAACUGGAGAGGGCAAUAAGUAGGUGGGUAAACAAAUAAAAUAAAUGAAAGCCCUGCCCUGUAGGACUACGGCGACCAACUUUUAAACACUCCCCGUCCUCUGAAUUCUGUUGUCCCGCGUGUGUUUUGAGCAUAUGCAGAGUUCUUCUCCACUUCCUCCCGACACCCGCUAAAGGGAAGCAUCAGCUUUUUCUUUUUUAAAAGAAACGACUGUGCAUCCAACUAAGUUGGGUGGGUAUUAAGUAGACCCAUUGAAAUCAUAGUCAUGUCUGAAUCUCAGUGGGUACGUUUUGAGUGGAACUUAGUUGGGUGCAGCCCAAAGUGUGUAGCUCUUAGCACAUGUGCAUAGUUCUUCCUCCACUUCCUGACACACCUGCCCCACACUGCCUCAUGAAGGACAGCAUCCAUUUCAAAAGGAUGAAGUUGAUUUUUUUUUAAAAAAAAUGUUUAAACGGUCUCCCUUCCCAAGAGUGACACAUUUGAAAAUACAGUGGUACCUUGCAAGACGAAUGCCUCGCAAGACAGAAAACUUGCAAAACGAAAGGGUUUUUGGUUUUUUGAGUUGCUUCGCAAGACGAUUUUCCCUAUGGGCUUGCUUCGCAAGACGGAAACGUCUUGCAAGUUUGUUUCCUUUUUCUUAAAACCGUUAAUACAGUUGCGUCUUGACUUCGAGGAGCAACUCAUAGCACGCGGUGUGGUAGCCUUUUUUGAGGUUUUUGAAGACUUUGGUGAUUUUUGAAGCUUUUCCAAAACUUUUCCGACACCGUGCUUCGCAAGACGAAAAAACCGCAAGACGAAAAAACUCGCGGAACGAAUUAAUUUCGUCUUGCGAGGCACCACUGUAGGAGGGAAGAUUAUCAAACAUGUUUUUUUGUGUGCAUCUCUGUGUUUGUUUUCUGGCUUUACAUCCUCCCAUUUUUGCAGCUGAGAAUAAAAUUCUAUCUACUUCUUCCUAGCAAUACCACCCGUCUGCACCUUUCAUAUCAAACUGGCUUGCCAAGAUUUUACCUCUGAAAGUUUGCUUCAAGAAGAUAUCUCUCACCUUUUUGCCCUAGCUCUUGUAAACCUCCCUCCCCCAUAGUUAAUAUCACCCCUUAUCCCAAGGCUAUUUCAUGUACAAAACAUUUAUGUGUAGGAAAUGAUGUGAAACAAGUCUGUGCAUUUGUCAUCUAUGGGGAUCAUGCAUGUAUUCAUUGAAUUAGCUUUAUGCGUGGAGUGCAGCUGCAAUGGGAGUUUGCAGCCUGGAUAUGGAGGUUCAGUGAAUUAUAAAUAACUGUCAAAAGGGUUUCUAACAUACUUUUCUCCACUUAAUUGUUUUCUGGGUGGGACUUGCUGGAUAUGUGAAGCAGGAAGCUGAAAGUAGAGGUCAAAUUUCUGGAAACAGUGGAAGAGAUUGCAUUUUUUUUCUUUUUCCUCAUCUUCCUAUCUUUUGCUGAAACCUUUUUUUUUUUUUUGCCAAAUCAGAACUCGCUGGUUCCUUCUUUCCCUUUCUCUGUACAAUCCGUAAUGGAUAUUGUACCUUUAGGUUGCAUCAAUAUCCCUUUUCCAACCUCUGUUUUGUAUAGCAUCCUCCUUUCUCCUAGAUACUUUCCACGCCAAACUUUCUCCAGUAAAUAUCAGAAGUUCCUACUUGGUGGUUUUGUUCUCUUCUUUUUAGGUACCUGUCUUAAUCUUAUUUAUUGCAUUUAUAUCCCAAUUUGCUUCCAUUGUGGAACUCAGGGCAGUGUUGUGCGUUAUGUUUCCAGGGAAUCCAAGCAUUGACCAGCAAGGCUGCCGUAUCCUGCAUCUUCAGUCCAUGCAUCAUUAUUCAAUGUGUACCCAUUCUCCUGGACUCUUUCCACACUGCUUUUGUUCUUUCAUGUGUUUCUUACCUACAUUUGCCUCUGGAACCCUGUUGGGGAUGAAACCGGUAUGGGAAAAGUCAGGGAAAGAGAAGGAUUAAAGAACUGCUGCUCUCUAUUGCAAAGUUUCUCCUGUUUCAUCUUUCUUUUUUGCAAUGGUGUAGGGGGCCCAUCAUCAGAGUAAUGCAGCUUAACAUAUAAUUAGGCCCUCACGAUACUUCCCAGAAACUUUAUUGCACCUGCCCUUUGUAGUCAUACUCUGGAACAGGUAGGAAACCUGUGGCCAUUCAUAUGUUGCUGGAUUACAUCCCCAGUCAUCCCUGACCACUGGCCAUGCUGGCUGGGGCUGUUGGGAGCUGGAGUCCAGCAAAAGCUGGGUUUCUCAUAAAUUCCCUUGAAAGUUCUCCUUCCAGGUUCUCGUUCGAGCUGGUGUCAUCUUCAGUUAUUCCAGAUCUUUCUCCUCCUGUGAGGUGGCUUUUCAUAGCUGAUGUGGUCUGACCAAGGCAGAAUAAAGUGGUACUAUUACUUCUCUUCAUCAAGACACUAGACUUCUGUUGAUGCAGUCUAGAAUAGCAUUAGCUUUUUUUGCUGCUGCAUCACACUGUAGACUCAUGUUAAACGUGUGGUCUACUAAGACCUCCAGAUCCUUUUCACAUGUACUACUGGCAAGCCAGGUGUCCUCCAUCUUAUUUUUGUGCAGCUGGUUAUUCCUGCCUAAGUGCAGAAGAUGACGUAUGUCCCUACUGAAAUUUAUUUUGUUCAUUUUAGCCCAAUUCUCCAAUCUGUUAAGCUCAUAUUGCAUCCUGUUUCUUUCUUCAGCAGCAUUAGCUACCCCUCCCAGUUUAGUGUCAUCUGCAAUUUGGAUCAGCAUUGCCUCAAUUCUUUCACCCAACUCAUUUAGAUAGACAUUGAACAAAAACGGACCCAGGACAGAAUCCUACAAUACUCAACUUGUCCCUGUUUUCCAGGAUAACAACGAAUAACUAGUAAGCACUCUUUGGAUUCAGACACUCAGCCAGCUACAAAUUCACCUAAAAGUUACCUUGUCCAGUCUAUAUUUUACCACAUUCUCCACAAGAAUAUUAUGGGGGACUUUGUCAAGAGCCUUACUGAAAUCAAGAUACACCAUAUUCACAGCUUGUAACUCUAUCAAAUAAAGAAAUGAUAUUUGUUGGGCCUGACUUGUUUUUGAGAAACCCAUGCUGGGUUUUAAUAAUCACAUCAUCCUUUUCUAAGUGCUGACAGAUCAAUUAUUUAAUAAGCUGUUCUAGGACCUUUGCUUCUAUCAAUAAGCUCACUAGUUGGUAGUUAUCUGGGACUUCUUCCUCUUCCUUUUGAAGAUGGGAACAACUUUUUGCCCACCUGCCUGCCUGCAGGGACCUCGCCUAUUCUCCUAGAAUUCUCAAAGGUUAUAGACCAGAGGUUCUGAGAGCAAGCACCUUUAGUACCCUUGGGUGCAUCUCAUCAGGUCCUGGAGAUUUAAAUUCAUAUAAGGCAGCUAGAUGUUUCCUUACCACCUUUUUUUCUGUCUUGGGCUGCAGCCCCCACCUUGCAUCGUUUAUUCUAUUAUUGCCAGGUUGGGCACUGCCUUCAUUUUGGGUGGAGACAAGCAAAGUAGCUGUUGAGUUGAGCAGUUCUGCCUUCUGACACCCAAUAGCUUUUCUGCAUCUUCAGCAUGCAGAGGGAGAUUAUGAGGGGAGUGAUUGUUGCUUGUUAAAAAUAUGUACAUCUGUUAAAAUGCUUUGGAGUUCAUAAUGCUGCUGUGGCAUUUGUCUAAUGAUGUCUUGAGAUGAUGGGUUUAUAGUUGGGAACCAUGGAGGAAAAAGAGAAAUGUGAAUUUAAAAAGAUACAAUAAGCAUCCUGUGUGGGAGACCAAGCCCUUGCUUUGCAAUGGAAAACUAUGAAGGUGAUCCAUUCUAAUGAAGUGGGACCUGAUUGACAUCAAGGGAAAAGGCAUGGUUGAAAGGACGCUUAUCAGGUCUGGGUUUGGUCUGUGCCGGGAUGGGAGAACACCCAGGAACACCAUGUAAACCAUCUUUAUCUCCAUUGUGGAAUAGAAAUGUGAUGAUGAUGAUGAUGAUGAUGAUGAUGAUGAUGAUAAUAAUAAUAAUAAUAAUAAUAAUACUUGACAUUAAGUUGCCUUAAAUAUAAAUGACCAGAGCACAUGCAUGCAUUGCCACAAUUAAGCAUAGCAGAUGGAGGGCUGAGAGAACAGUAAAUCUGAAGAAGUAUUGGUACAGAUGGGACAAAGGUGGCAUGCUCAUAUCUCCAUACUCCCUCCCCAAGGAGUCAUGCUCUACCCAUCUUCUCCCAUUUCCGUCCAUGCUUUGAACAUUCUCCAGCUCCAGUGUAAUUAAUUAUGUGCUCUUGAAGCCCACUUUGCUUCCAAAGCAAAGUACUUUCUAUCUGUAGCUCUUGACUGCAUCCAUUCUUGCAAUAGCCUGACAACCUUCCCCAGCCUAGUGCCCUCCAGAUGUUUUGGGCUGCAGUUCCUGUCAGCUCCAGCCAACUGAGAUGGAGAGUUGCAGUCUAAAAGUUUCCACAUUUGUGAAAUAGUCCACUGAAAGGGGAAAUGCCUAGCUCCAUGUUGCCCUUGAUUAAUUGUCAGCUGGGUCACUUGCCAGAAGACUUAUCCACCAUGCAUGAAUUCUUGAAUGUGGGGUGGAAUGUUUAAUUUCUUCUUAAUUUUGAGAUAUAAAUAUGGAUAUGCUGUUGUUGGGAUGUCUAAUAAGUCACAUGAAUGAAUUUUGCUGGACAUAACUUUUCAGUGAUUUUGCCAUAUUUUUAUUAUUAUUUUUGGUCCCAGAUGGAUAUUUUGCUUAAGAGAAUGUAGUUAUCUUUGUUUUAUAAAUACACACCCCCUCAAUCCAUAUCCUUUUGAAUUUUACCAGAAAAGUGAAUAACUGCGCUGGCUAUACAUUUUAUAAUGAAAGACAUUAUUGAUGAUUAUUUUACUUGCUGUAUUUAGGGACCAUCCUUCCACCAUAACUGCCCCCAAUGUGGUUUUACAAAAAAGAAAAAGAGAUUUCAAAACAGUUCACGCAAUUACAGUCUUAAAAAUAAAUCUAGCAAUCAUUUGGCAAAAAUAGCAGCAGUCAAAUAGGAAUAACAGCAGGAGAGUCAAAACAGAGUGUCAGAACAAGUAACAGUACAAUAAUAACUAUUAAUUUCAUUUCUGAAGGCAAAAAAAUAGAGAAGAGUAUUGUAGUUGCAUGUCACAGAACGCCCCAUUUCUUGCUUAGGUAGGCAGCCUGUUGUUCCUAAUUUCAAAAGACUUCAGCAAGCAGUCAGUUCAGAUCUCUUGCAAGAGUAAUCUGCCCCAUGUCCAAUAACUUGCACAGUGUGAAGGCUUAGGUGGGGGAGAGAGAUAAUAAUAAUAAUAAUAAUAAUUUUUAUUUAUACCCUGCCCUCCCCAGCCAAGGCCGGGCUCAGAGCGGCUUACAAGCAAUAAUAAAAACAAGAUGAAUGAUUAAAUAGAUGUCAGAAAAAGAGGGGCAGACACAUACUUUGCAUGGUGUUCUAGACCACUGCUUGCUUUGGUCCUACCCAGCAUGUAGCCCUUGACAGAUUACCUCGAGCUCUGGUUUCUUGGAAAUGAGCAGCAUGCUUGUGCACACUGCCCGGUUGCUCUUGCUUCAUUUCUCCCUUGGCACAAGCACAAAAAACAAGCAUGACAAACAAGCAUGACUCCCUACCACAUCUGAGCCAAGGAUUGUGGUGUCUCCAAAAUAAGUGAGUAUUCAUAAGCCAAUAACAAGCCAUUUUUAAAGCUGGCUAGUGCUCAUAGCUUUUAAAGGAGAAACACCUGUGAUUCAGAUGUUUUGAGAAGUGAAGCUUAAUUGCAGUGUCCUAGUCUCUUCUUCCACUGACUAUGGGAUAGGAAUGAAGGAGGAAUGAGCAGGUAAGGAGCAGGAGUUGAUUAAGAACCUAAGAACAGUCCUGCAGGAUCUGGCCAAGCUGUCAUUCUAGUCCAGCAUCCUGUUCUUACAGUAACCAGCUAGAUGCUUGUGGGAAACCAGCAAGCACAAGAGUCCUCUCCCUUCCUGUGGUUUCCAACAACUGCUAUUCAUGAGCAUUGCUGCUUCCAGCAAUGGAGGUAGAAUGUAGCCAUCAUGACAAUUCUUGAUGCUCAGAAGAUUGCUUCCCAGGAGAAGGACAAGCAUGAUCCAAUCUAUGCUCUGUGUACAGGAGUGGAAUGCCCGCAGUUCUUCACAUGUGGGAGAUAAUGGUUCAGUGGCUAGGCAAAUUGGCUCACAGAGCUACAUUCCAAGGUUUGACUUUAGUGAAAAACUAUUGACCUUUACUGAACAAUGAUAAUAAAUUAUUUACAUUGAUUUUGUCACAAAGAUUAAAAAAGUUUUUACAAAAUUUCAUUCAUGAUCAAUGUGGCUACUGGUCAAGAGACGGCACCUGGAACACAUUAUGUAUUUUGGAAUAUCUGAAUUGCCACAGUGAGAAGCAAGCUGCUUUGAUAUUUUGGAAUGCAGAAAAAGCCUUUGACAAUGUGAAUUGGGUAUUCUUGUUUAGAGUAUAGCAAGAAAUGAACUUUGGAGAUAACUUUAUUAAAUGGGUAAUACGUAUUUAUACACCACAGAAAGCCCAGAUAAUUGUUAAUGGAGAACUGAUAAAACCAUGCAAAAUAUAGAAGGGGACAAGGCAAGGGUGUCCAUGGUUCCCACUGCUUUUCAUUUUGGUCUUGGUAGUCUUGCUUAGAGACAUUACACAAUAUGAGAGAAUGAUGAGAGUAAAGAUCCAAAAAGAAACUUAUAAGUAACAGGCAUUUGAUGGAAACUUGAUGUUAGUUCUGGAAAAUCUGCUACAGGGAGUAGAGAUUCUGAUGGAUAAACAAAUUUUGAUAUGUUACCAGGCUUUAAGGUUAAUCACCAGAAAAUGAAAAUGUUAAUAAAGAAUAUGACAACAGAAGAUCAGAAGGUUUUGUUGGAGAAACCAGGGCUGCAAAUUGGAAAAAGUAAAAUAUUUGGAUGUUGUUAUGUAAAAUGUGAAUUGUAUGUUGUUUCAAAAUAAUUAUGUUAAGACAUGGGCUGAAAUUUUGAAAAAUAUGUCAAGGUGGGAAGCUAAAAAUGGGUAGAAUCUCAGUGAUAAAGAUGAAUGUUUUGCCUAGAAUGAUGCCUUUAUUUCAAACAAUACCUAUUUUGAUUAAUGAUUUCUGUUUAAACAAUGACAGAAAGAUUAAUCUAAGUUUUUAUUGCAGGAGAAAAAGCCACAAGUUAAAAUCUAAGUAUUGCAAGAUGCAAAGGAUUGGGUUUACCUGAUUUGAAAUUGUACUUUGCAGCUUGUUGCUUAGGGUGGAAGAAGAAAUGGCUGACAUUGAGAAAUAAGAGACUUUUGGAACUAGAAGGAUGUGAGUUGAGGUUUGGAUGCCAUGGAUAUUUGUGGUAUGUUAAAAAGUUAAUGUGGAUUUCAAAAAUAACUUUAUUAGAUGUGCCUUAUUAAGAGUCUGGAAUAGAUAUAAACCUAGGUUAUGUACAAAGACAUUGUUAUGGAUUUCACCACAAGAAGCCUUUUAUAGAAAAGAGGUGACAGGCAAAGAGAAAUGGUUAACCUAUCAAGACUUCUUAGAGUGGAACCAAGGAGAUGGUAAAAUUAAAACAAGGGAACUUUUAGCACUGGAAGGUGAUAGCUUCCAGUGGUUUUCUCAUCUACAACUAACGGAGAUUCAAGCUGGAUAAAAAGACUUUGGUGUAGAACAAAAAACAUUUUGAAAUACAGUUGUGUACAAAUGAUGAACAUGUUGCAAAAAUGUAUAAACUUUGGUUGAAAUUGAAAUUUAAUCUAAAUGUGGAAUUUUUUUUGGUUGUAAUAGAUGGAACAUGUGGAUGAAAGUGCUAAGAUUUACAUUGUGUUAUGGUCUUAAAGAUUUUUUAAAUAUAAUGAUGUAUCAGUGGUAUACAGUCCUACCUUGAUUUUCUAACAGGAUGUGUUCCGGAAAUCCGUCCAACUUCCGAAAUGUUUGGAAACCAAGGCACGGCUUCUGAUUGGCUGCAGGAGUGUCUUGCAGUCAAUUGGAAGCCAUGCCAGAUGUUCAGCUUCCAAGGCAAAGUUCGUAAACUGGAACACCUACUUUUGGGUUUGCGAUGUUUGAGUUCCGAGUUGUUUGUGAACUAAGUUGUUUGAAAACCAAGGUACAGUGGUACCUCGAUUUACGAACUUAAUCCGUUCUGGAAGUCAAUUCUUAAACCAAAACCAUUUUUAAACCGAGGCGCACCUUCCCUAAUGAGGCCUCCCGCCGCCGGUGCCCUUCCACCAUUCAGAUUCCGUUCUUAGACCGAGGUAAAAUUCUCAAACCAAGACACUAUUUCCGGUUUUGCAGAGUUUGUAAACCAAAUCGUUAAACCGGACUGUUCUUAAACCGAGGUACCACUGUACAACUGUAUAACUCUGGCAAAGUUAUAUUCGGAAUGUAUAAAAAUGUUCCAGAUGUUUGCUGGAAGUGUGAAAAAUAUGAAGGGACAUAUUACAGUGGUGCCUCGCAAGACGAAAUUAAUUCGGUCCGCGAGUUUUUUCGUCUAGUGAAUUUUUCGUCUUGCGAAGCACGAAAUCCCAUAGGAAUGCAUUGAAAUUCAAUUAAUGCGUUCCUAUGGUCAAAAAAAGUCCAAACAAAGCCAAAUUUGGUACAACAAGAGCUUAUUAAGUGCUCUUUAAAGUCACACAUACUGUAAAGAGCAUUUCAAAAAUUGAAGGAACAAUAAAUUAAGUUUCUAAACAUGACAGAAAAACAUUUAAAAAUCAACAAAGUGUACAGUACAUUUUCUAAGACUCUGGGGACAACUCGAAGAAGGUUCCUCUUCCACUCUUUGCUUCUUGCUGAAGAACCUGUCCAUGGUCUGCUGCUUCAUCUGCCUUUUCAGCACCUCCCUGAAAGGCGACAUGACCCUCGUAUCAAAAGUGUUCGCAAGGUCAUGUGCCACGUGCUUGUCAGGGUGGUGCCGCUGUGCAAAAGCCUGCACAUCCUUCCACUUCAGGCAAAUGUCCCUCAGUUCUUUGGAGGACAGCCGUUCCUCAGUUGCUUCCUCCUCUUCCAGCGAGGCCUGCUCCUGCGCAGCCUCUGCCUGCAGUUCGACCAGCUCCUGGGUGGUCAGCUCGUGGUCGUGCUCCUGCACCAGCUCGCUGAUGUCCUCCUCUGUGACCUCCAGGCCCAUGGUCCUCCCCAAGGCAACAAUGUCCUGCACCACUGUUGACUCUGGUGCAUCAGAGUCACUUGGUGCCACACAGUCCGGCCACAGGCUGCUCCAAGCGCAAUUCAAAUUUCUCUGGCUGAUCCCGUUCCAGGCCGUGGUGAUCAUCUUCAAGCAGGUGACGAUGUCGAAGUGGUCCUUCCAGAAUUCCCGCAGGGUGAUGGUGGUGCAAUCAGUCACCUCGAAGCAUCGCCUGAAAAGCUCCUUGGUGUAGAGUUUUUUGAAAUUGGUGAUGACCUGCUGAUCCAUCGGCUGGAGCAGUGGUGUGGUGUUAGGCGGCAGGAACAUGAUGCUGAUGAAGCUGAACUCCUCCAACAAGUCCUCCUCAAGGCCUUUAGGAUGAGCAGGAGCAUUGUCCAUCAGAAGCAAAGCCUUCAGCGGCAGGUCAUUGUCCAGCAGGUAAUGUUUGACAGCAGGGUCAAAAGCAAGAUUGACCCAGUCCACAAACAGCACACGUGUGACCCAAGCCUUACUUGUUGGAUCGCCACAUGACACUCAGCUGCUCCUUGUCGACCUUGUGUUUCUUGAAGGCCCGUGGGUUCUCCGAGUGGUACACCAGCAGGGGCUUGAUCUUCAGGUUGCCGCUUGCGUUGGCACAGAAGAGCAGGGUCAGACGGUCCUUCAUGGGCUUGUGGCCAGGCAACUUGGCCUCCUCCUGUGUGAUGAAAGUCCUUUUGGGCAUCCUCUUCCAAAACAGCCCGGUCUCGUCGCAGUUGAAGACCUGCUGUGGAACGUAGCCCUCUGUCUUCACAACCUCCAGGAACUCUGCUGCAAAGUCUUCAGCCGCAGAAACAUCAGAACUGGCAGCCUCUGCAUGCCUGACCACGCUGUGGAUUCCAGAUCUUGUCUUGAACCGGUCAAACCAGCCUCUGCUUGCCUUGAAGACUUCUGGCUCGCCUGAGGUUCCUGGCUGUUCCCGGACGAGGUCUGCGUGCAAGGCCUUGGCUUUCUCACAAAUGACGGCCUCAGUCACUGUGUCCCCUGCACGCUGCUUCUCUUCUAACCAGAUGAGCAGCAACUUCUCCACCUCCUCCAGAACAGCUGGGCGGUUCUUCACGAUCCUGGUGACUCCCUUGGCUGCAUCAGUCGCAAGGAUCUAAUCCCUCAUCUUCAGGAUGGUCCCGAUGGUCGAUGGAUUCCUCCCGUACUCCCUGGCGAGGUCUGUCACACGCAUUCCACCGUCGUGCUUCCAGAUGAUCUCCUUCUUCAUUUCCAGCGUAACCUUAGCCUUCUUUCCCUCGCUGGCCUCUGCAGCAGCAGUCUUCUUGGGUCCCAUGGCAGCACAGCUCCUACCUGCGCAACCCCAAAAAAGUAAUAAUAAUCAGUGCUUCACAUCCAAAAAAUUCAAAACCACCCAGCCACCCACCACACAGAAAUUCAAACCCAGAUCCAAGUCAUUGAAUUCCAAACACCCCAACCCAAAAUCCAAACCCCCCCAAAAAAGUUUUAAAAGUUUAACUUACCGAAUGGCUGCAAAAGAAGUUUUGGAAAAGCUUCAAAAAUCACCAAAGUCUUCAAAAACCUCAACUAUUCCCCCAGCCACCCACCACACAGAAAUUGUAAACCCCUCCCCAACUGUUCCCCCAGUCACCCACCAUACAGAAAUUCAAACCCAGAAUUUUUUUUUAAAAAACAGCAGAGUGGCCCAAUGGUCACAGAAAAUCAUAAAAAUGCAGAAAAAAACCACACAAGCUUCCAGAUUCUUGCAAACCCCUCCCCAACUGUUCCCCCAGCCACCCACCACACAGAAAUUCAAAUCCAGAAUUUUUUUUAAAAAGCAUAGUGGCCCAAUGGUCUAAAAAAAAAUCAUUAUAAUGCAGAAAAAAACACACAAGCUUCCAGAUUCUUGCAAACCCCUCCUCAACUGUUCCCCCAGCCACCCACCACACAGAAAUUCAAACCCAGAUUUUUUUUUUAAAAAAACAGCAGAGUGGCCCAAUGGUCACAGAAAAUCAUAAAAAUGCAGAAAAAAACACACAAGCUUCCAGAUUCUUGCAAACCCCUCCCCAACACCAAGUCCUUGAAUUCCAAACACCCCAACCCAAAUUCCAAAACCCCCCAAAAAAGUUUAACUUACCAAAUGGCUGCAAAAGAAGUUUUGGAAAAGCUUCAAAAAUCACCAAAGUCUUCAAAAACCUCAAAAAAGGCUACCACACCGCGUGCUAUGAGUUGCUCCUCGAAGUCAAGUCGCAACUGCACCUCUUCAAGCAGUGCACCCUGGGUAUUAACGGUUUUACGAAAAAGGAAACAAACUUGCAAGACGUUUUCGUCUUGCGAAGCAAGCCCAUAGGGAAAUUUGUCUUGCGAAGCAGCUCAAAAAACGAAAAACCCUUUCGUCUAGCGAGUUUUUCGUCUUGCGAGGCAUUCGUCUUGCGGGGCACCACUGUAUCAUGCUUGGUGUACUUGUAAAAAAGCUAAGAAAUAUUGGAUACAAAUUCAGAAGUUUUUAAAGGUUAAAAUUCAAUUGAAGCCAGAAUUCUUCCUGCUAAAAAUAAUGGAAAUACAAUUAGAAAAGGACCAUGAAACAUUAUUUCAAUAUAUGAUUACAGCAAUGAGAUAUGCACAAAGAUUCAUCAUUACCUACUAUGGAGGAAUAGUUGUUAAAAUUAUUGGACUUAGUUCAGAUGGUGAAGUUGAUGUGUUGAAAUUUACUAAAGAUUGUUAUAGAUUUUUGGCGGGAAAGAAAAUGAGCAUGUGAUAUCUGGGUUUGAGGAUUGAAGAAAUUAGUGGUCUAGAGGAAGUGGAAUAAUUGGGUGGAUCCACUUGGAGUGGAUGUUUUGAUUAAUUCUCUAUAGCUGACAGACAAAAAUGGGAAAUUAUUAUUUUUUCUUUUCUUUUUUCUUUGUGUUUUUAUUUAGAUUAGUUUUUUUAUCUUUGAAAUUAUAAAAAGAUAUUGGAUAUACGGUAUUAAUUUUUGUAUAUCUUUUUUCAAACUUCAAUAAAACCUCUUGGAAAAAAGAACAUGUUAGCAGUCUUUAUUCUAGAUUUACAUCUGUGCUGAAAGAGAGGAGAAGCCAGAAUAUUUAGGAUGGUUAUCACCUAAUUAAACGGAGAAGUGACUUAUCCCAUGAGUUUUAGUUGAGUAAUUAUUAAAUUUCCAUAUGGAAGAAAACAAUAUUUUGGAAAGAGAAUAGGGAAAUUGUUCUUGAACAGUAGGCUUCAACCUUUUCAGACCUAGGACCCACUUUUAACCCAAGCAUGCAUUUGAGGACCCAUUUAUUAAUCUUUAACCAUAUAUUUAUAUGCUGGUAGUGCUCCUGUUGCAACCCUUCUUGGAUCAGGCCCACCAGUUGAAUAUCAGUGUUCUAGAUGAUGCAUGAAGCAUUGCAUUCUGCAUGGGAGAUAAAGGAGGCUUUCUCCUUAAGAUGGUACAUGCACUCUUCAGUGUUUGUAAUUAUACAAGCAAUAGAAAUUAAAGGUAACAUGUUUUAAAAAACAAUUCUGGGGCAUUUUUUCAUCAGUCAUAAGUUUUAAAUUGCUUUGUCUUAACAUACUAAGGCUGCAAUCCUAUAUACUCACUUUCCUUACUUCUUCCCAGACAUACAAAUAAUUAAGCUGUGAAUUUUGCUGCUGUAAUUAGCUGCUUUGUUUUAAACUAUGCAUUUCUUUUUGAAGACUUUUGUCUGUAAAUACCUUCUGGGACUCUUUAAAUCGUUGAAGUGAAAAUAGACUGACAAAACCCAACAUUUUACUCAAGGCUAUGUUCACACAUAGAAUCAUAGCACUAAGCCAUAAAGGAGGUGUAAGGAACCUCAAGCCUGGGGGCUAAAUGUGGCUCCUCGGUCUUCUCUGUCUGGCCCUCAGCAGUUUCCUCAGGCCACACUAGCCAUACCCCUCACUGGCCUGCUCCAUGCUCUUGAGGGUUUUGCCUGUCUGGAAUAUGUCCUAGAACUCUGACCAUACCUCUUCCUUUCCUGGAUAGAAACUAGUCUGCUGUACAAAAGUAACAUUUACAUUUGUUGUUCUGGCCCUGCUCACUAGUGAUUGUUGUUGGGGGCGAAACAAACCAUGAUCCCAGGUUCUGAUAUCUAUAUCAUUUGUGGUUCAUUUACCCGCUUGCGCAAAGAAGGGAAUGAAGCGGGAGCACAUGGGCAGUUCACGGUGUGACUUACUAAACAUUAUGAUUUAUUGUUACCUGCAAACAUGGCCAAGAAGUGGCAAUUUAUAUAUUUUACUCAGAGCAGUGUCUUAAAAAAGAGCAGGGAAAAAAAGAGCAAGGCUUCUGCAUCCUUGAACCACAAACAGAGGAUGUGCCUUCAGAAUCUUUACAGUAAGGUUUUAUAUGUGCCAAGGAUAAUAAAUCAGUUCUAACUUUGCCCAUGAAUGGAUUUCAUUGCACUGUAAAAUGAACUGUUGUAGCAAAGCAAUUACUCUGUGAAAGAUGGGAGAGAACAAGAAGUUCUUCAGCAAAUAAAGUAGGAAAGGAGGCUUUAAAUAACUGGAUGAAGUUUUGUUGCAUCUCAUAGUAGUAAAGUAACAUGGCAAGUGUGUGCUUUGUACUAAGAACCUGGGUCUGGUUUAGAUCCAGCCUUUUUGAGCUUUAAGUGCAGCUAUGAGUCACUUGCUUCUGAUAAGACUCCUCCAGGGCCUGUGAAGCUGGUUUCAUGUGGACAUUCUAUAGACAAUUUUUACGAUCUGUAUAUAGUGUUAUUCUUAAAUCCCCCUCUUCAGGAGUACUAACAUACUUGUCAAAUAAACCAGUAUCCUGCAUUCUUCCAUGUCUGGCUAAAGAUGGUUGUUGCUGGUUUUCUUAACAGCUUGCUGGCUUGGGCUAGGCUCUGUCACUGAAUUGCUUUUUGAAGUAGUUUGUGCUUGUAGAAUUCAAACUGGAAAAUACAGCAGUCUAUAUAUGGACUCUGCAUCGUGUGCUGUUGUUUUGACUUCUCAGCCCUGCUGGUUUUCUGGUAGUCUUUGGCCUUGGCCUUUUCUCUUUAGGGUCUGUUGGAUUUCAUACCUGAUCCUUCUGCCCCAAGGAUUUGUAUGACGAAAGCUGCGUGGGAAAUGCAUGUUUGUUCUCCUGAGCAAGAGACUGUGUUUUGGUUCUGCGGCAGGCUGCCUCCCACAGUCACAUUCUUAUCAUGGGUGUAUGAAUGAAGUUGGAAAACACUAUGAAGCAAUGUGAACACCCAGUUACCUGCUCAAUUUUCAGGGCUUUGGAAUGUGUCCCCUAGGAGCUGCUUCUUAAGCAAAAUGUAAUAUCUAUUUAAGUGUGUAUCUCAAAAUACAAUGUGUAAAUGAAACAAAUAAGCAUAAAACAUUUUGUUUUAAAGACUUCCCUAAAUUGGCUGAAGCUCCUGGUAUGUAUGAAGUUUAGUUGCAAAGGUGGGUUGGUUUCAUCUUUAUAAGUAGAAUGGCCCUCAAGUACAGCAUUCAAAAUCCUCCAGGCGCCAGGCACAUUUUGCAACUGGAAUGUUCUGUCAUGGUCAUGUGGGCCCUCAUCUGUAGCCACAUGUGGUAUAAGCAAGACAUAACUUGGCCACCUCAUUGCUGUCUGUGAGAACUGAGUAGUUGUGGGUUGUUGUCUUCCUUUGUGGUUGGGGUAGAGUUGAUUGUGUUAUGUUUUACUGGACUAUUGAUUUUUGUAUUUAUUCGGAUGCUGUUUUUGAUGACUUAGGCAUUACCUGGAAAAGCAGAUUAGAAAUAUUUUUCAAAAUAGAAACACACGCACACACAAAACCUGGGUCCUCCUGCCCCUGCCUCUAGAUUCAAGUGGUACAGCCCAGAUAUAGGAAGGUCAGCCACUUCAGGAAGAGCUAGGCCUUGCAGGAACUUGCACUAGAUACCAGCUGGCUCCAAGCCCCCAACCCCCUGGCCUUAAAUAACCAUUUUCUAAUCUAAAGGCCCUGUAGCACAUUAUGUUUUGUGGCCAGCCUGUGCAAUCCUUCAGAUGCUUUCUGAAACAUUUAGCUAACCGCUGCCCUGUCAUUUUCCUAGGAAACCAUCAUGUUCCCCGUAAAGGUCACUUCUGCUUGCUCCUUGCCUCCUGUUGGUUAUUAAUUUUAUUAAAUGCAUGUUGCCCACAGCUUGUUCUUCAAAUAAAAUAGCACUUUAAAAAGGUGCAUUUAAAAUAGAAGUGAAAGAAAGUUGCGCCUGUCACUUAGGGUGAACAAUUGGCCUUGGAUUCUGAAAUGACUGGAGUGCAUUAAUACUAGCUGCUGGAGCAGCAGCAGCAGGCUUCUUCAAAAUAACAAAGCUUUCUGGUUGUGGUGGUUGGUUUUUAAUGGAAAUAAAGCCUAUCUAUAGACACCUGUUACACUGAAACUAGUGUUCGAAAUUAGCCAGGCAUCAGGUGCAUUUAGCACCUCAUUAUCGGCCACUUGUGACCAAGUGACGAUGCCUAGGCACCAGGAUGGCAGCUGACAUCUCCACCAUCAGGAGGUGCGUGCCUGGGGAUUCUUGGAUCUUGACUGUUUUCACACACUAAUCCUGUAGAAUUCUAUCAGUUAUAUUUUAGCUGCACAAUCAGUAUGAAUUUCAGGAACCUAAAUGCAGUGAACAAUGUUAUAGUUAAUUGUUGUAGCUUGUCAUCACUUACCCCACCCCACUGCCCAGCUUACAGUUGUGAAGAGGGCACAUGGGUAAGAGCACCAGAGAUGCUAGUAUGUGCUAGUUGCCCCAUAUUUCUUCGAGCUUUGAAUAUAUGCCGUUUGGACAGGUGUGUAGUACCAUCUGUGGAUCAUUUUCAAAGAGUUAUCCUUAAUAAUUGCUGAUACAGUUAAAAUGGUUUAAUGAAUAAAAUUGCAUUCUAUAAUGCUUUAUCAAUCUGCUCUCUCAAAACUGUCUACCACACGGCACGUAAAUUUGCAACAGAAGUGAACAUCCCUCCUCGGAGCAUUGUAUACAGAUGACUGGCAUCUUAUGCUUUGGGAUAGCAUGUAAGGCUGAAAUCCUGUAUAGUCAAAACAACCUUUUAAAAACUGGAAAAUGGUGUGUAAAAAGCACAGUAUAGCACUUACUGGUGUAUGAUGACUGUUUUUAAGCUCUCAAACUUACUGAAGAAAACCUGGUGCAGAAAGAGCUUUUAAGCUCUCUGCUGUCUGUGCAUUUAAUUUGUGUGAUUUCAACUAGCCAGGCUUCAAUUGCGUAAAGUUGAAAUCACAUAGUCUUAUCUGUGCACAAGUUGCAAGUCACCUCUAUAUCCUUGAUAUUUUACUCUUAAGACAGGCAUUUAAAUUUAGGCAUAGUAAAUUUUGUUGACAGUUUUUGAUGUAUAAGAGGUGAUAAGUUGUAAUAAAAAUCUUUACAUGAGACCAGCUUGUGUGAAUAAUCUAGAAAGCGGCCUUUACUGUAGGACUGAACAAAGGAUGUUCAUGCAAAGUCAGAAGGAGCGAUAAAGUAGGGAGAACAAAGACUCUUUCUUUGUUUCUUGUUCUUCAAACUGGAGAUACUGAGUAGAAGAUCAAAGUUUGCAACCUUGAGUUGCUGAAGUUGAGCAGAUAGGUGAAUUCCAAAGUCAAGGUUCUCUGACACAGUUGUUUUAACUUCUUGCAAAAAUGAUUUGAAGGCAGUUAGUUAGAUUUCUUAAAUGUUUUAAACAUUAAACCAGCUCUUCUGAGAAGCCCUUAAGUUGCUGGAAAUACUAUUCUGCAAAUUCCUUUUAUAUCAAUGUCACAAGGCUUUCUCUCUCUGGCUUUCUUGGUUUCCUGCCUUGGCAGUCAUAUUGGAGGCCUUGUUUGGUGACAGUAGCAGUCUUCCAAGUGGGACAAGUACCUGAACAAUAAGUUGUGAGGAGUUUCUUGCAUGUGAGCAAUAGCCCCAAAGGUAGUCCCAACAAAGGAUGUGAAAUGUUUGGUGACUCCGGUUGUUUUAGCAUGAUUAGGGGAGCUACAUUUGUGGUGAGGGUCAGAGCAUGCUUCCAUUUAGCUCAUGAGACAUCACUCCCUCUUCCCUAGGUUCAAUUCCUGACAUCUCCAAAUAGGAGAUUCCUGUCUGAAACCUUGAAGAGCUCCCCCCAAUCAGUGUAGAGCAGACUUCCCUAACCUUGUGUCCUCCAGAUGUCUUAGACUGCAAGUCCCAACUGCCCCAGUCAGCAUGGUCAAUAAUUAGGGGUGAUGGGAAUUGUAGGCCCAAACAUCUUGAAGGCACCAGAUUGGGGAAGCUUGAUGGAGACAGUGUUCUAACUAGAUAUUAGGCAGCUUCUUAUUUUCCUAUAUAAGAGUGCAUUCUUCUCCCUUUCUCCCACUUGGAAAAAAAUGUGUGUGAAGUGUCUCUCCAUGACCUAAAUUGCUUUACAGACAAUUUCAUUAAAUUGGCGGGGUUUGGGGGCACUUUAUGUAAUGACACAGUCUUCCAUUAGCUUUUGGGGUUACAGGAAACCCUUCUGUUUCAGUACCUCUUGGGAAAAAGUGCUCAUGUUGGUGCAAAGUUCUUGUUGAGCUAGGGCUGGGGAGACCAAGCUAAGAUCUCCACUUAACCCUGAGAGGGCCUUCUCAAUGUUUGCUCCCAGACUUUGGAACUCCCUUUCUAGAGAAGGUAGACUGCCUCCCUCCUUGGUGUCCUUCCACUGGCAGGUGAAGACUGUUUUAUUCUGAUUGGUGUUUUGGAGCUGACUUAUUUUUAAGGAAAGGACUCUCUGCUGUGCUUUUUUAUUAUUUGUAUUUUAACAGAUCUUUUUUUUUUAUACUGUUUUAACUCUAGUGGAGUUUACUGACUUCCUGAUGAUUCUGUUUAUUGGAUUCUCUUUUAGCUUUUUGUAUUUUAUCUGGGUUUUUUAAAUUUAUGUAAGCUUCCUUGAGACCCAGUCUGCGGAAAAGGUGAGAUGAUGAUGAUGAUGAUGAUGGUAUUCCUCUGUGGAUCAUCUUGAGCCAAUCACUAUUUGUCAGCCUUUCCUACCUCACAGGGUUAUUGUGUGGGAGUGAAGAGAGAAUCAUGUAUGCUGCCUUGAGAUCCUUGUGGAAAGGUUGCAAUAUACAUGCAUACAUUCGUAAGGACAUAUAUGUUGCUUUGACUUUGCAUCUGUGAUGCCAUAUACCUGCCCUGUUCAGUAGAUCUUAAGGGCAUUUUAAUCACAGUUUAGCACAUGGUCUAAGAACAUCUUAUGUCUGCAGCAUUUGCAGAACUAGAAAGCUGUAGACAAGAUCACCCCGUUUGAGAGACUACUGGGAACAUCAUAUAACAACAGAAUAUUCUAUACAGUGGUGCCUUGCAAGACAAAAUUAAUCCGUUCCGCGAGUCUCUUCGUCUUGCGGUUUUUUCAUCUUGCGAAGCACGGCUGUUAGCGGCUUAGCGGCUAUUAGCGGCUUAGCGGCUUAGCAGCUAUUAAUGGCUUAGCGGCUAUUAACGGCUUAGCGGCUUUAAGAAAAAGGAAACAAACUCGCAAGAACUCGCAAGACGUUUUGUCUUGCGAAGCAAGCCCAUAGGGAAAUUCGUCUUGCGGAACGACUCAAAAAACGGAAAACUCUUUCGUCUAGCGAGUUUUUCGUCUUGCGAGGCAUUCGUCUUGCGGGGCACCACUGUAUCUCUGUGUGUAAUCAUUAAUAAUUUCUCUGGAGCCAAGUGAGGAUUCCCAAGUAAGAUCCUCCCUCUAUUGUGUGGGCAGGUAAUCCCUCCCCUACCUGUCCUGGUCUCCUUGGCAACGCUUCCCCCAGGUGGGAUUGGACAACUGACAGGUAGGCGGAGACCUCCAGGUAUCCCACCUGAGGGAAGGCAAAGCCAAGCCUAUGCUGAUGGAGCCACUCCAGGUCUAGGGGCUGCGCGCGUCCACGCAAAGGGCGCCCCCCGUUUUAAGCGGGGAGCAGUCAUUCUAUAUCUCUGUGUGUAUUCAUUAAUAAUUUCUUCUUGCUUAGAGAUGCAAAUGAUGGAAGCCUUUCCCCCCCUACUCUUUUCCUUUGUCUUCCAGGGCUCCAGUGCGUCUGCUGUGGAGAAAGAGAUUGGUGUAGAACAGAUUCCUGGGGAUGAAAAUUACUUUGGCUUGGUCAAUGUGAGUAGCUUUUCUGUGUCUGGGUUUGUAUUUGAUAAUACCUUCUUACUUCCACCUUUUGGAUUCUAAAAUGAAAAAUAUUUGUUACUGAGCAGUUUCAGUCCGUGGGUGCUGCUACUGAUACAAAAUUGAAAGAGGCUUAAAUUAGCACCGUGUGAUGGGCAAGCUCCAUCUUUUUAUCUAUAUUUAUUUUAUGAGCUUAAAAAAAGCAAACUAAAGAGAGUUGGUUUUUAAAUAUCUGUUGCUUUCCUUUUGGGGCAAAUGCUAAGUAUUUACAAAGACAUGCUAGAGUAGAGAUUACAUUUCAGCGAAACUUUUUACCGUUGAUGUAUUGUAAUUAUUAUUUUUUAAGUUUAUAGACCACCCUUCAUCCAAAGAUCACAGGGUGGUUCACCACUUAAAAAUACAAAAUGAGAACACAAAAUACACAAUAAAACAAAAACAAACCAAUAAUACCCCCCAAAACACACUUAAAUAGCUGUAGAAUGUUGAAUCAGUCAGAGGCCAGACUGAGCAGGAUUUAACCACUCACCUGUCAGCUGUUAAGUGGGGAUUAAGUCCUGCUGGGAAAAGGCAACCACAACAAUGCAAAAUUCAGAACCACUCUCCUGCCCAUCAGCUGAUGUGAUGUUAUUUGAUUGGCAGGUGGGCACGGUUGAGGAAAUUGUCCAAAUUGGACCUCUUAUUGAGAUAGUCUUGACCUAUGGCUGCCUCCCAAGUAGUUUUAUGUAUUUAAAAGUCUUUUUUCAACUGUUUAAUAUUUAAUAAUCUCUAAGUUGUAUCCAAAUGUACAACAUAAAAACAGUAAGACAGUAUCAAUAAAACAUAUAUGUGACAUAGAAACCAUUAAAGCAAUAUUGCACAGAUAAAAACAGAAUUUCAAUAAUAGCAGGAUCUAACCUUAUGGGUCAGUGGAAACCUGGGCAGAAGGCUACAUCUCCUGCAAGGAGUCAGAAGCAACUCAUGGAUGUUGUUUUGGCAAGGGAGAGGAAAGAGCAUUUCAUGCAAGGAUAACUUGAUUGAGUAUUCCCUCAAAGGCGUAGUGUAGACUUCAAAACUUUUGUUCAGUUGUCAUGUCAAAUUGAUGAAACUGGUGGCAUGCUUUGUGACAACAAUUUCAGGUGUGAAACAACUCUACAAGCUGGCUUGUCCUCCCUCGGGGUAGUCAACAGCCAUUCUGGAACUUUGACAUUGGGGGAGAUGGAAGGCAAGCUUUGGUUACAAUACAAAUAGCAGGAUAGCAGGAAGAGGAUCCCCAAAAAUGCUUCUUACCACCCGCAGUAUUCACAUGGACAAAUGUUUGACAUAAUAUUUCCUGCAGUGGUUUUUUGCUCCUCCUCCUGCCUUUUUUGGUCAGAAGGAGUUGCUUCUUCAGUUCUACUGUUUUAUUAUCCUUACAGUUCCUCCGUCAUGUUUUGUAAUGAUUUGAAAGGCAGCAUUACUUCCUGGAAGUGUGCCAAGUUUUAAAGGCUGCAUUUCCACUUGUUAUCUUUGUAGACGCAUAUGGGAUGGCUGCGAGAGCCCAUCACCGUGACGACUUGCUUCCUUUACAGCCGGGUUUUAAGCUCCGGGGCUAAAGCCUUCUUGCAGGUCUCUCAAGUGCUUUAGAGCAAGCUGAGGUUUUUGUCUGCUUCUUUGUUGCCUGUUUGGCUGUGUCUGAGAUGUGACAUGGGAGAUAUCAUCAUGAAUCUGCAGGAUUUAAGCAAAUGCUAAACAUUCAACUUUGAAGCAGGUGCAGAGCACUCCAGUUUUGAUCAGUGCAUUAGUAUUAGAGGAGGUAUUUAACCUUUUCUGACUUCGAUGUUAUCCUAAUUUAAAUUGCCUCUCUGAAGCUGUGAGCCCUGUAGCAGAGAAAUAAAGAGGUAAGACAUAUAAUAGAAUCAUAGAACUGUAGGUUUAGAAGUAAUGUUCGAAACUCCCAUUGUUCUAGGCGCAUUUUGUGACAGGGAAUUUCAUUAGCGUGAGCAGUUUCUGAGCUCUGGGCACAAUACUGCGCCUAAGAUUUCAGAUUAAAAUUGCAGAGUGGAAGGAAAGGAGAACCUUUUUCUGCCUCCCCACUUCCAGCUACUUUCUGAAGACUGGAGAAGAGACCCCCUUAAGAAUAUUAGGGGGUGGGCAGGGGAAGGACUAGACCAUGUGAAAAAUUAACAUAAUAUUUUAGCUGCAGUUCGUUCAUUUUCAGCUUUGUUUCCUUGUUAUAAAAAAGCACACCAGACAUUCCAUUGUUGUGCCCAUAACCUACGUUUAAGGUGCCAUUUAGGUCCUAGCUUUCAUAUCUCAGUUUCUACCACUGGUUGGAAGGGAUCCUGAGGAUCAUUCAGUCCAUGUACCUGUGUAUUUUCUCUUUUUGGGUAGGAGGUCGGUUUUGUGCUGGACUAGAUAGGCUUCUGGUCUGAUCUAGCAGGCAGGAGGUGAUCCACACUGCUCUAGGCAAUUUAUCUGUGUCUAGGUUUCAAGACUGAAACUCAUUCAACAAUACAUGACUAGGCAAUGCUCUAAGCACAUUCAUUGGCAUCUCUAGAAACAGUGGUAUCCAAGUCACUCUGGAUGUGAAUGAUUCUGACUUCAAAUUGCCUAACAAAUAAGCAAGAAUGGACCUCUAUGGAAUUUUCAACACCCACUUGCGGGCUGCCUUUUGGAAACACCUGUUGAGAAGGUAUGGUCAUAUGGAUCACAUCUUGCCAGAUCAAAAGAACUGCUCUGGCUGCAGGCCCAUUUCUAAACUCAUUCUAAUGUACUACUUCUACUUUUGUAAGUCCCUAAAUAUGUUGAAAAUGGAUGUGGGUGGCGCUGUGGGUUAAACCACAGAGCCUAGGACUUGCCGAUCAGAAGGUUGGCGGUUUGAAUUCCUGCGACGGGGUGAGCUCCCAUUGCUUGGUCCCUGCUCCUGUCAACCUAGCAGUUCAAAAGCACGUCCAAGUGCAAGUAGAUAAUUAGGUACCGCUCCUGCAGGAAGGUAAACGGUGUUUCCGUGUGCUGCUAUGGUUCGCCAGAAGCGGCUUAGUCAUGCUGGCCACACGACCCGGUACGCCAGCUCCCUCGGCCAAUAAAGUGAGAUGAGCGCCGCAACCCCAGAGUCGGUCACGACUGGACCUAAUGGUCAGGGGUCCCUUUACCUUUAAAUAUGUUGAAACUAGUGUACAUCUAGGCAGGUUCUCUUGCGUGAACCUGACUAGAUAUAUUAUGCCAAGAAUGAAUGAAUAUAUAUCUGUAUAUCUAUAUCUAUAUAGCUAUAUAUAUCUAGAUACCGUACAGUGGUACCUCGGGUUACAUACGCUUCAGGUUAAAUACGCUUCAGGUUACAGACUCCGCUAAUCCAGAAAUAGUGCUUCAGGUUAAGAACUUUGCUUCAGGAUGAGAACAGAAAUCGUGCUCCGGCGGCGUGGCAGCAGUGGGAGACCCCAUUAGCUAAAGUGGUGCUUCAGGUUAAGAACAGUUUCAGGUUAAGUACGAACCUCUGGAACGAAUUAAGUACUUAACCUGAGGUACCACUGUACUUUUCCAUGUAUGACGAGCCUUUUUACUCAAAAUUAAUGUUGAAAAUGGGGGGGUCGUCUUAUACAUGGAUAGUGUAGAGGGGGGAUGGGGGAUUGGUUGCAGCCACGAGCAGGAGUUUGUUAGCGGCGAUUGGGUGGGUGAAUAGUGUCUGCUGCAAGGGCUGCUUUGGAUUACCUGUUGCUGUGUAAAUCGGAUGGGUUAUGUUUGUUUGCAUCAAGGGCUGCUAUGGAUUGGCUACCGCUGUGGCAAGUGAGUGUGCGGUUGCUGGCUUCUGGUGGCGAGCCGGCAUACACUUUGUGUGUUCUGUGGCGCAUGCGAUUGGUAGUGUUUGUCAGUUGGGUGGGUGAUUAUCGGCAUAUUUCCCCCCCCCCCAGCUCAAUAACUUCAUCCCCAAAAUAAGCUCAACAACUCUGAGCCGUCUCCCCCCAUUUUCUUAAAUUGUAGUCCCCCAAAAUAGUCUUAUACACAGGGUCUUAUACACACACCUAGGUAUUAUUAUCACCCUUGGUGUUGAUCUUCAGAGUUGAACCAUGACAGGGCCUUAUGAGUUGUGAUUCCCCAGUCUUGGAAUCAGGAAGGCUUGCCUGGCAACAGGACUGAUGUCUUCUCUGCGUCAAGUGAAAACCUGUUUAUGACCUUUUAGAUAUUUAUGCUCUUUAGUUUGCUUGAUGCUAUAGAACAUUAGGUGCUGUACUUUUAUUGUUGUCUUUGUGUGCUUUUGAAUUACUGCUCGCUGUUUGGAAAGCCUUCAGACGUGAAAAACAAGAAAAGAAAGUUUCUAAAUAAGUUAACUAGCCUGCAAACACUUUUAAUGGCGUUAAAAUAUUUGUAUUACACGUUAAUAUUUGUAUUACACUGAUAGUCUGAAAGAACCAGCUCCUUAUUUUUGCAAUUUACAAAAACUUCUUCAUUGCUAGAAAUGACUGGGCAAGUGUAGAUUUUUUCCCCUCUCCCCAAGUUUGAGGGGCUUUAUUGGACCUGUGCACUCUAUGUAUGGGCCCUGUACAAAUGUCUAGUGUUGGGCAGGGUAGAUAUGUUGGCCUAGCACUGGGUAGCAUGAAUCUUCCAUUGGGGUUGCAUGCUUUUAUAUCUCUAGGACCCUUAUUGGAAGUUGAAAACUCGGAUGCCACAGCUAGAAAAUCAUGCACCAGCAAGAUCACUCCAGGCAGAAAUAAUUAAUUAAUUAAAUGAAAUACAUUUCGCACACAUUAUUUGGCUGCAUGAUCUUGUAAGUUAGAGUUUUUCAUUCGCAAGUACAGAAAUGCUGCAGUUUUCACUUUUUUCCAGGGUGCCCUAAUUAUAAAACAACAGAUUGGUAGGGAAGCAGUAACAGAAUUCACAGAGCACCAUAGGCAUAGCCAGGAUUUUUGUUAGGAAGGGGCAGGACUUUUGCUGGGGUGGGGGCAGAACCAACGUGAUUGGUCAGUUAAGUAUUUCUAUUUUCACUUGAUUAGGGGGGAGGGCGCUCAACUGCCCACCCCGCUUGGCUAUGUCCAUUCAGAGCACUUAUUACCAGCAGGGACAAUGGAGGGGAGUUUCGGUGGUAUGUUGUGGUUUUUGCAUAUCACCUUUCUUCCAAGGCAGCUAAGGCAGUUCACAACAUUAAAACACUAAAACAAAUACAUGAUAUAAAACAAAGACCCACAGAGGCCUCUCAUGCCAAUUGGGAGCUGGUGAUAUGUGUACUCCCUGACCACAGGCUGAUAUGUGUGCUCCUUGGCCUGUGGUCCUUCAUUUCUGUUGGAGCAUGCAGGUCUUCAGCAGCCGUAGGGUAGGAACUGCCACAACAGUUCUCUAAGCUGUUGGUCUUAGACCUUUUCUUUUGCAGGGAUGGUGGCAAACAUUAUUUUUCCACCACUGUUGUGACCUUGGAGUGUUGUCCAGUGGGGUUUUUCCAGUUGGGGCCUCCUUCAGCUUGGCCCAGCAGAUGAUGUGAAGGAACCAUCAUGCUGUGACAUGUUUGGCAGUGUCUUUGGGGGAGGGAUGAAAGUGCCGUAUGCAGAGUUAUUACAACUAGCAAGCUGACUUCUGUUGAUGUAGAAAGGGAUCUAAUUCUUCAGUGGCUUGAGGGUCAAGCAUUCCAGGAUGCAUCCUUCCUUGCUAGAUUCUGUAUCUCAUCAGCUCCUAUCCUCCUUUUUUCCAUGAAAUGAGACAGCCUUCAAAUGUGACAGAUGCAAAACAGCUGCUUCUAGCUAUCUCCGGCACAUUGCCAAUAUAUCCUUGUAAACAGGAAAUGUGAACUGGAUGUCUCAUUUUGCCCCCAAAGGCAUCUUUCCCUGUCAAACACCAGCAACUUUGAAUUGUUUCCCACCCACCUAUCCCCACUAUAAGCUGGCCCAGAGGGAAAACCUCAGCCUGCUUGAUUAUUUGGAGCAAUCAUAUCAGCUUCAUGUUUUGGGGCGAGAGGUGGGUAUUCUCAGCGGUACCACUGUGUGUCAGAAACCACAAUCUUUGCCCUCCCCACAAGCCAGCUAGCUGCUUACUAGUCUUAACCCACGGCAAGAGCGUUGCGUCUGCUCCCUCUUGAGCGGCAUCUAGCAGGACAACUGUUUUUUUCCCUUCUCUGCCAAACCACAUCACAAGGCUUUACAGGGGGGGGGGGUUGUCUUCACCCAGGCAUCUACAAGUUACACUAGAAUUCCUCGUUUUAAAUCUUAUAAGUGUAUCAGGAUGAGGUUGAGGAAGGCUGACCAAAACGGGAAACACAACUUGUUUAACAGAGCUAGCAAUUUUAAAUGUUGCACCAAUGACUUUGUUUCCACAGUAUGUGCUAUUUAUUUCUGAGUUCUCCUCCUCCUCUGAGAGUGUGCAUAUGAGACUGAAUUAUACAGUCAAGCCAUAAGUCCAUUUAGCCAGCAGUUGCUUCUACACUGGCUAGCAGGGCUCUCUUUUUUCCCUGCCCCUUCAGCGGAUUUGACUAGUUGACCUUGGGUUUCCAUCCAGUUCUGUGAUUCUGUUAUUCUACCUCCUUCAGCUGGUGGGAGAGAAGAGAUUGUGACCUGUGACUUUCUGCCCACAAACCAGGUGCUUUGCCACAAUCUGUGCAAUCAGGUUAGCCUUUCCAAUGCUAGCAAAAAUGUUUAUUCCCCACUUGCUCAGCUGUUAUGGAACUAUUUUCAAGAUCACAGGAUAUCUAAUUUUAGACCUGAGCCAAAAGUUCUCUUGAGAAUUCUUGGUUUGAAAUUGUGGAGGGGGUUGAAGCUACACACACAGCUGCACCCUUUACCUUUUCUAUUGUUGCUGGUUUCAUUAUGGGAGCUACUACCCACACUUAACUCCCCCCAUUCCCCCCCCCUUGGAAUAUUGUUGCGCAAUCAUGUUGCAUUGUUCCAAGGGGCAUUCAGGGAGGGGAACAUUUGCUGCCAAAACAAAGCUGCCUUUCCCCUCCAAUCCCCCUCCCGUUUUUCGAAAUAUAUUUUUAUUGAAUUUUAAUAAUGAAUCGGUUUCAGGGGGUGGGGAUAAAGAAAAACUGUUUUUUAAAAGUAAGUUGUCACAAUUUCCAGGAAAAAAAAUAUAGGAUACAGUUAUGUGAUUUACUAAGUGAGUACCAAGAGGAGGGGGACACGUGGUCUGUCAUUGCUAAGGGAUCCAUGGCCUAAAUAAAAAAAAUAUUUCUAAAAACGAAGAUUGAAUGAAUGAAUAAACUUUAUUACAGUCACAGGCCAGUAUAAGAGAAACAUAUGAAUAAAAUAGUUGAUGAAUAAGAAUUGUUAAUUAAAACAGAUACAAACUAAAAGACACGCAGUUAAAACAAAUAUAAGGGUGGAGCUUAGGGGAAUAUCGGUCUUGCAAUAUGGGCCUUCAGUUUAGGACUGGUUUCUAGCACAAACCAUCCUUGGGCGCAAGGAUGACAGCGCAAAAUCUAGCAACUGAGCAUGGCAGCGCAAAAUCUAGCAACUGAGUAUAUAACAUCUGGGUUUUCAUCCUGGAGUAGUAGGGAGAUGUUGAGUUGUUUUGUGCAUCCUGGGAAUUUGUGCAGGAUAAAUCUGGCUCGUAUGUCUACUGCAAUGGAAAAGGGCAUGAUCUGUUGUUUCCUGCUGCCCGGAGCCCCAUGGGCAUUCCCUCUCCUCAUAUGGUGUCUUCCUAUAACGUCCUUCCUGAAUGGCUGAGGGGAGGGCCUGACAACAGGCCAGAGUGAAAGCCCUUCACUGUUUUGAGAUUUCAAGGUUGGUUAUAUACAGUGGAUGCGCAGGUUGCAAUUCUGCGCAUGCGCAACUGCCGAAACAUGGAAGUAACCCGUUCUGGUACUUCCGGGUUUUGGCGGUCCACAACCCGAAAAAACGUAACCUGAAGCAGCUGUAACCCGAGGUAUGACUGUAUGGCAUUUGGAAGGUGAGGUAUCUUCUCGUUUCACUAAUUAGAAAUUUUGGGGACCUGGCUAGGCCAGCUUGGUAUUCUGUGUCUUCCACACGCUGUUUAAUAUUUCUUUUAGGUUGUUCAUGCCCCAUGUCAAGUAAAAUCUAGAGUUGAAGUCUAGAGUAGUUAUUACAUUUUUCACAGUUCGUUUCCAUGUUGAUUGGAAAUCAUCCUUAAUAGUCAGGGGAGCAAGGCCACUCAGGAAGAAAGAUAGUCUCAACCAGUAAUUAAGAGUGGCAAGCCACACUCUGGCCUCAAUUCUUAUGGAUCCAAUUUCAAGACGUAUGGUAGCAUUGGAGACAUGUUUAGGCACUUGUAGAAGACCAUAUAACAGCUGUGCAAUCAAUUUAGCCUCAAACAAUUUGAGGGCUGCAGGUAUAUCGUGUCCACCUGAGGUACCUGAGGAUAGCAUUUGUGCUUCUGUGGGCAUUCCCUGCAACAUAGUCACCGUGGGCUUUUCUGCUUCCCGAUGAAUGUGGGGCUAUACCCAGGUAUUUGAAGCAGGUGACCUGCUCGGUCUUGUGCCCAUUGAUGAACCAUGCACGUGGUUUGGGCCUCUUGGCAAAAAACACAGUUUUGGUUUUCUGGCAGUUGAGCUCCAAUUGACCCUCCUUGCAAUAUGCUGCCAGUGUUCUCGAGAGGCUUGUUGCGUCAUCUGCGUAAAGCAGUACUGGAAUAUGCUUUCCUGUGAGUUUUGGAGGGUGGAAAUUCAUAUUGUGGAGGUGGGGAAUCAUAUCAUUUAUAUAAAAAUUGAAUAAAGAUGGGGCCAAUAUUCAUCCUUGCUUGACUCCCUUCUUGGUCUCUAUUGCGUUGGAUUGGUGGGAACAUGGCACUUUUAGCAAGGUCCCUUCAUGUAGUGUGCGUAUUAAAUAUAGCAAGCAUCUGUCAAGUGUGGAGGUCUCCAGUUUUUCCCAUAGCUUUAUUCUGGAGAUGGAGUUGAAGGCUGCUCUGAAGUCGAUGAAGGCCACAUAGAGAGAGACAGUAUUACUAGUUGAGUACUUCUCUAUUAGGUGUUGGAGAACUAAGCCUUAUAAUAUAUAUAAUUAUAAUAAUGGUUAUGAUACCAUAUUGGUCUGAAUAUAAGUCAUACCCGCAAAUAAGCCGCACCUUUAAAAUUUGCUGGUGUGGCCCACCUCCUGGCACUACCGCCCUGAAUGGGGGUUGGCCGGCCUUGGCGCCCUGCUCCCCAUGCCGGUGCCAGUGCUCGGUUCCGCGCACGCUUCAUGCCGGACUUCCAGCACUACCAACUCCUGGUACUACCUCCCCAAGCCGGCGCCAGCGCCAGCUGCCCCACCCCCACCCCCCAUUCAGGGCAGUAGUGCCAGGAGCUGGGAGCGCAGCGCUCAGUUCUGAAUAUAAGCCGCACUUUAACUUUUCACAGUCAGAAUUUGGGGGGCAAGUGCGGCUUAUUUUCGGGGCAAUCCGGUAAACAGAUAAUUUAAAGCUAGCCUCCAUCCCAUUUCAUGAAAUCACAUGCAUUGUGCAGUCAGCCUCCGUCAUACUCUGCUUAUUUCCCUCAUGCCCUUUCACUGCAGCUAGUUCAGGUACUUUUUGCCUCCCUUCCCCCCCCCCCCCUUUUUAGUAGACCUUGAAUAAAAAUUCUUCUUUUUUUGCUCUCUUUCUCUCUCCCCACCCCCGCCCCCGGCUUUCUUUCAUUUAGUUUGGCAAUACCUGCUAUUGCAACUCUGUUCUGCAAGCACUUUACUUUUGUCGUCCGUUUCGGAAAAAGGUUUUGGCUUACGAGGUCCAGCCGCACAAAAAGGAAACCCUUUUGACAUGCCUCUCAGAGCUUUUCAACAGCAUCGCCACACAAAAGACGAAGGUGGGGGUCAUCCCUCCCAAUAAAUUUAUUUCCCAGCUGCGGAAAGACAACGGUAACUAGACUUCUUUAAUCUCCAUGUCCACUUCAGUGUUAUGCAUCCUUGGGGGCCCUUCAGGUGUUACUUUAGUGGCUUGGGAGCUGCUUCCUAGAGGAACAUGGAGAUGGGGGGGGGGGGUGCAGAGAGGGUGAUGUAUUGGUUUGAGUGUUGAACUGGAAUCUGGGAGACCAGAAUUCAAAUCCUUAUUUGACCAUGAAGCUCACCUUGGGCCAGUCACUGCCUCUCAGCCAAACCUACCAUUAAGGGUUGUUGUGGCGAUUAAACAAGGAGGAGAGAGCCACAAACAAACAAACAAACAAACAAGUUGUUGUUGUUGUUAAGUACCCGCCCUUCACCCUAUUGUCCCAGAGCAGGUUACAAUAUUAAAGCACAACUGUAAGAACAGUUUAAAACAAUUUACAAUAACAAAAAGAAAUCUGUAAGAAAGAAUGGGACAGAAAAGGCCAAAAACAGCAGAGUGAUGUGAGGUAUGUUGGAGCCCUAAUCUUAUUGCAGGAGAGAAGAAGCCACUCACCAGUUCACUCUAGUUUGCUUUGUUAUUCACCCCUCCCAAUGCACACCCACAAUAAAACAUAAGUUAGAACUGUUUAUAACUAUUUAUAACUAUUUAUAAUUUAGAUCCUGCUGAGAUCAAUGGGACAAGAUGGCCAUGGCUUAGUCCCCCGUUGAAAUAAAUGGGACUUGAGUACAGCUGCUUUAGCCUGGAUCCUGCCCAUUACCUGGAUGUUGGAGAUGGGAAAUUAGCUGCUGAUAUGGCACUUGUUGACAAGUGCUGAAAUUUAUGAUCCUGAAGGGAUGGCAUGAAUGUACAUAUCCAGUGUUGAAAGAGUGGUUAAUGGAAGUCUGGAAAAUUAAAAUGAUGCCAAAAUUAACUAAAUUAAGAGACAACAGCCAACAGAUAGCAACUUCUAAUACUUUGUUCCCUUUUACUAAUUUUGUGAACAAUAGUGUACAGCCUGGAUAUUGAAUGCUGAAACAGGGGAGUGUGUUUUCAAGAGGCAUUUAAAAGUAACUACUGUGUCCACCACCUUCUGCCCUUGGGAGGGUGUCCAGAAGGUUGGUGCCCGUACUAAGAAGACCCACUCCCUAGGUGUCACAGGGCAGCAUCCCAGGGGCUUCAGUAUAGCCAUCAAGGCUUUGUCUGAAGAUCUUAUCCAUUGGCCAGGAAUGUCUGAGGAGAAGUGGUAUGCUAGGUAUCCUGCUUCUAAGUUCUUUAAGACAUUAUAUGCCUUAGUACUGGGAAUCUCCAUAGUGGAUCCGCACUUUCUCUGCUAGAUCUAAUAUAUGCGUAUAAAAAUACAUGCAGCAAUCAAUCCAGCUUAGUUUAAAAGCGCUCUGUGCCUCAGCCAGUCAGCUGUGUCUUACCUAAGCCUUGUGUCCAUUGUCGGUCUCUAAAUAACUCUCCAUACUUAACGAGGCAGAGUGGAGCACCAAUAUCAUGUGGCACGAUUAAGAGGAACAGUAUUACGCAGUGCAUUUCACCCCCUUCUGCCCCACCAUACUUCAUCUUGGAAGUAACUGAAACUGUAUGCUGCGAGUGACCUAACAGCAUUUUAAUCGCCCUUCCUUUUGUUUGUCUUGCACAUCUUCAUUGCCAGAACUCUUCAACAACACCAUGCAACAGGAUGCACAUGAAUUACUGAACUACCUGCUGAACAGGAUUGCUGACUUACUACGAGAUGAGAAGAAGCAGGAAAAGCAAAAUGGCAAGCUGCGGAAUAGAAGCAAAGGGGAGAAGGUGGACCGCACUUGGGUCCAUGAAAUCUUCCAGGGGACACUAACCAAUGAAACCAGAUGUCUUACCUGUGAAUCUGUAUGUUGUUGUUCUUUAAAUCCCCCAAAGCUCUUCCUUAUCCAACAAUAAGCCAUUAGAGUAUGUUGGUCCAUUGAUUUCAGUGGGCCUACUCAGAGUAUGACUUCUUUUCUUUUUGUUCAUUUCUGUCCUGCCUUUCCUUCAAUGAGCUCAAGGUGGUAUACGUGGUUCCCCUUCCCAGUUUUAUCCUCACAACAACUCUGGUAGGUUAGGCUGAGAGACUAUAACUGGACUAAAGUCACCCAGUGACCACUCUCCCUUGGUGAGGUGUGAUUCAGACUUAUGCUACCACCUCCUGUGCAUGCCUGUUUUUCACUUCUUGGUCCCUCACGAUCACAGAGGAGGGGUUUUUAUUGUGUGUUGUUUGCAAUAAUUUACUCUGUUAUGGGAUACCAGACAGAAGGGGCACAAGGUCCCACAAUGAUGUAGGAAAGCAGUUUUGCAAGAAGUGUGAUGUGUCAGUAUUGGAUCAGAGGUGAAGAAACUCAUCGGGGGAGGGGGGGCAAAUCUGGCCCUCCAGGCUUCUCCAUCUGGUCCUUAGAACUCUUCCUAGGCCACAUCCAUUACCAACUUGCUUCUCACCAUCCUUGAGUGUUGUUGCUUUGCUAGAAUGUGUCCUAGCAUGCUUGCCUGAUGAAUGCUAGAAAUUCACAUCUGUUUAUUUGCCUUCUUCACCUCUGGCACCACCCACCAGUGCCGUGUGGCCCCCAGAAGGUUGCCCAAAUAGAAUGUGGCCCUCAGGCUGAAAAACAUUCUCCAUCCCUGUGGUAAAUGCUGGGGAGUCUAGUACAGUGGUGCCUCGCAAGAUGAAAUUAAUCUGUUCCGCGAGUCUCUUCGUCUUGCGGUUUUUUCGUCUUGUGAAGCACGGCUAUUAGCGGCUUAGUGGCUAUUAACUGCUUAGCGGCUUAGCGGCUUUAAGAAAAAGGAAACAAACUCGCAAGAACUCGCAAGACGUUUCGUCUUGCGAAGCAAGCCCAUAGGGAAAUUCGUCUUGUGGAACGACUCAAAAAACGGAAAACUCUUUUGUCUAGCGAGUUUUUCGUCUUGCGAGGCAUUCGUUUUGCGGGGCACCACUGUAUGGUGAUAACUUUGGUCUUACCUGUUUUAUUACAUUUUACGUGUGCUCUUCAUUCAUUCUGGAUCCCAUAAUGGGAUACAAAUAAUAUUUAAACGAAACAAUUGCUACAUCUAACCAAUAAAACACAGUUUAAAUAAAAUAAGGAACACAGCAGCCGCCAAAAAAAUUAAAAGAAAAGUGUCAAGCAAACUUUCUUUGCAAUGGCCAUUAACUACACAGAGACUUUGAACAAUCAGAUAACUCCAAAAGCUUGGGAUGAUGAGUGAUUUUUUAAAAAGCAGGUUCCAGAAGCCCAGUAACACCAAGACCAUCAAGCUAGGUGAUUGGUGGCACGUCUUAGGUAUUCCAGCAAAGGCCUUUUAUAUUUAGCUUCAUGGCUAGUAUGCUAACGAAAUGAAAAAAUGAGUCAAAUAAGAAGGUAUGAAUAUGUUGACUACUUUGGGGGGGGGGGAUCUAAGGUAAUCCACACCAUACAUUUAAAGCACAUUUCAUGCGUAUGACUCCCCGCGAAGAAGCUUGGAAAAUGCCAUUUGUUAAUGGUGCUUUGUAUUUCAGAUCUGUUAAGAGUAAACCAUAGCUCCCAGGAUUCUGGGAACUGAAAGCCAUGUGCUUUAAUGUGUGGUGUGGAUGUCACCUGUCUAAGAUAACCAGGGUAGAUUUAAGGUGAGUUCCCCAUAGACUGAAGGAGUAGAGCAGCCUUCACCACAGCCUGAUACCUUGUUGAUGUUUUGGAUUGCAGCUCCUAUCAGCUGCAGCCGAUACCCUGAUGGGAAUUGUAGUUCAAAAUAUCUGGAGGGCACCAGGCGGGCAAAGGCUGGAGUAGACAAAUGGCUGUAAGCCAUGGCAGCUAUAUGGAACAGUCAGUGUUAUCAGUUUUGCUGGUUUUUGCCAUCGUACUUUAGACUUCCUUGAUACAUCUGCCUUAUCACUCUUGGAAACAGGUUUGAAGUUAAAAUCUACUUCACUUGAUCCAGCAGGGCUCUUCUUAAGAUGCAUUUCAGUCUGAAGAAGAUUGAAAUAGGAACCAGUUAAGUCAGCCAGCCAUUAAUUUGCAUCGUUUCCUGGAACAAAUCCAGUCAAUCAGCAUGUCCUGCAUCCAAGGAACUACAUGACUUGCUUUGGAUGUGUUUCUCAAAGAGUCCCUUCUGCUAUAUGGUGAAUUGCCUUUGAAAACAAGAGAUGAGCUUCCAAAGCAGUGUGUGUGCGCAUGCGCAUGUGUGUGGGACUCCUAAAAUAGCUCUCUAGAUCCUGACCUAUUUCGGAAAAGUAAAGUCCUAAGCAGAGGGGGGAAUCUCGAGUGGGCUUUUAAACUUAAUGUGCUUUAAAAAUAGCAUUGGUUUUGUUACCUGCUCCAUUCUAAAGGGAUCUUCUCAGCCGGCAUGGCGCAGGUUGUGAAAAUUUGGUUCUGCGGCAAUUGCCUGUCGCCAAUGCAAGGCUUUCCAAAGGCCAAACUAAAUAUAACCCCACUCACACAAUUAACAGUUGUGUGAAUGGUUUGUUUUUUUAAAAUAUAAAUAGCAAUCACAGGUAAGCUGAAUUCAGAGCCAAUCAAGGGAGUAGUGGGGAGGGGUUUAAACCUGAACAUGCCCAGCUGCAGUCCCUGUCUGGGUUGGAUGGGGGAAGUUUCACAUGCCUUUGCACUGGAAAGAAGGCUUCCAUUUGCACCCAUGGAAUUGCUGAUUGGACAAAUAGUGUUAUGCUUAGUUUGUCAUUUUAUAUGGGGAGGUUUUUCUGUGUGGAUGAAACUACAUGUAGCCUGCAACUGGCCUUUAUUUUGAGAAGAGGCUGAGCAGCUAUCUGGAAGAUUCGGGACAUAUAAAAGGAAGUAUUCUUAUGCAGUGCAUAGUUAAACCAUGGAACUCACUCACACAGGAGGUGGUGAUCUUCACCAGCCUGGAUGGGUUUAAAAGAGGAAUAGACAGUUUCAUGGAGGAGAGGCCUAUUGAUGGCUAUUAGCCAUGAUGGCAUCAAUUCUUGAAGAAUUGAUGCUUUUGAAUUAUGGUGCUGGAGGAGACUCUUGAGAGUCCCAUGGACUGCAAGAAGAUCAAACGUAUCCAUUCUUAAGGAAAUCAGCCCUGAGUGCUCACUGGAAGGACAGAUCGUGAAGCUGAGGCUCCAAUACUUUGGCCACCUCAUGAGAAGAGAAGACUCCCUGGAAAAGACACUGAUGUUGGGAAAGAUUGAGGGCACAAGGAGAAGGGGACGACAGAGGAUGAGAUGGUUGGACAGUGUUCUCUAAGUGUUCUUGAAGCUACAAACAUGAGUCUGACCAAACUGCGGGAGGCGGUGGAAGACAGGAGUGCCUGGCCUGCUCAGGUCCAUGGGGUCACGAAGAGUCGGACACGACUAAACGACUAAACAACAACAGCCAUGAUGGCUGUGAUCUACCUUCACAGUUAAAGGUUGCAAUGCUUCUGAAAACCAGCUGCUGGAAGCCACAGGAGGGGACUGUGCUCUUGUGCUCAGAUCCUGCUUGCUGGUUUCUCACAAGAAUCCUGUCUGGCCACUGUGAGAAUAGGAUGCUGGACUAGAUGGGAUCCUGGCCUGAUCCAGCAAGCUCCUCUUAUGCUCUUAUCUUCAGCAGUCUUCAACCUUGUCAGACCUGAAACCUUUAACUCCAACCAGCAAUGUGAACCUUAGACUGGAACCCAUUUGCAGCUUCCCAUUGUGGCUACACAGAUUCCUCUAGGAAGCCCACAUCAGGCCGUGAGGGCAAUAGCCCGCCUCCUGGUUUGUUUGUUUUUUUGUUUGUUUGAGCACCAGAUUUAAAAUACAAUAGCUUCUGAACAUGGAAGUUUUAUUACAGCAGGGAAGGGGAACUAGUCAGGGAUAAAGGGAGUUGAAGUUCAGCAAUUGAUCCAACACGUCCCCCAGUAUAUGAAGAGAGGCAAUAAGAGGCAGCAUGGGGCUCAACAUUGAUUCUUUAGCAUCUUUUAAUUAUCCCUUGUCUUUAUUUCUCACUGCAGACAUACCAGUUUGACAGUCAUUCCUUCUCUGCAGGAAAACCCUAGGAAUUGUAGUGUGGGGGCAGGGGAGCAAACUACAAUCCCUGGGGUUUGCAAGGGGCAGGGGGAGUUAUGUCACGUAAUUUUGUUGUCUGUUUCUUCCUUGCCUUCCUUUCUUCCCUGGCUUUCUGUUUAUCUCUUUUUUAAAAAAAGGAUAGAAAAAUUAAAAAAACAAAUGUUAGUGGAACUGGUAUGCCCCUACUGAGGUCAGGUCAUGACUGAUUUGGGGGUUGCAACCCAUUAAUAGAAAGCCAGUGGUCCAAAACUGCCUUCCUCAGUCUAAUGCCCUCCAGAUGUUUGAGAUUACAACUUCCGUCAGCCCCAGUCAGUAUCUGUAGGCUGUCAGGUUGGGAAAAGCUGAUCUAUAGCAUAUGAAUCUGUAUUAUAAGCUGUGGUAUUGAUUUAUGAGUGCGAGAGGAUGCUGGGUGUCAAAUGAUGCUUGACUGCAUGAGAUCAAAGAGCCGUGUCCAUCAUUCUCUGCAGUAUUGCCAAGGAUUCUUGGGCACUCCUGUUUGGUGCUCCCCUUCCUACCACUUUUCAUUGCUUCUUUGGCCACCCCUUCUCAUACUUCCAUUUGAGUACAGGCAAUCCUCAUUCUGUGCGGGGGUUCUGCAUGCAUUGGCGGAGCUUGCAUAAGCCCACUUGCCCCUGCUCUGUCCCUUUGCAUGAUGUUUUUGUGGUGUUUAGGGGCUAUCACCAGGUUUGGCAGUGUGCAAUCGGUUUGGCAGUGUGCGCGAUUGCACAUUAUUCCGACAUGCCUAAACCGGAAGUUGCCUGUAUUAAAGAUGCCUUCUUUCUUAAACUUAAAACAUGAUUACUAACCAUGGUGGCUGUGCUGUGCCUCCACAGUCAGAAGCAGUGAUGCUUUUGAAUAGCAGUUGCUGGAAACUGCAAGAGGGGAGUGUGCCUUUGUGCUCGCAUCCUGUUUGUAGAUUUCCCACAGACACUUGGCUUGCCAUUGUGAGAACAGGAUGCUGGACUAGAUGGACCAGUGGUCUGAUCCAGUAGACUUUUCUUACGUUUUAGCAUUUCUAAACUUGCUUAUUUUUAUUCCAUUUACCCUGCCUCUUUUUUUCUUUUUUCUUUUCAAGGUUAGCAGCAAAGAUGAGGACUUUCUGGACCUUUCAAUUGAUGUGGAACAAAAUACAUCAAUAACACACUGUUUGAGGUAUUUUUUUAUUUUUUUAAACCCAAACACCUCAAGAGCUUCCCAGAUAAGCACUUGUGUAAUGCUGUCAAUAUAUGACACUUUACAGGAGCCUUUUGCUAACCUCCGGAUCAUAGAAUCUUAGAAUUGAAGACUUAGAAGGGACCCCAAGGGUCUAAGCCAAUCCCUUGCAGUGCAGGAUUUACAACUUAAAAAUCCCUGGCAGGUGACAAUCCAACCUCUGUUUAGAAACAGCCAGUGAUGUUUUGGCGAUGGUUGUGCUAGCUGGAGUUGAUGGGAGUCAUAGUCUAAAAUGUUUGGAGGUCACCAUGAAUACUGUUUUACUGAGUGAUGUCAUUAAAAAGUUGUAUCCUUCCCCAAGGAACAUAUCCUCUAAAUUUUGACAGAUGGGUGGGUGGGGAGAAAAGCCAGAGUCCCCAUAGCAAGCAUGUUGGUGACUUGUGCAAGUCAAUUAUUAUUAUUAUUUUAUUAAUUUUAUUUCUAUACUGCCCAAUAUCUGAAGGUCUCAGGGUGGUUCACAUAAAAUAUCAAAUACAUAAAAUCAAAACAAAACCAACAACCCAAUCAAAAACAAAAACCCUAAAGAGCCAGCAUUUUUAAAAAGGGUAUAGGAUGUAGAUCAAGUCAGACAAAGGCCUGGUUGAAAAGGAACAAUUUUUGCCUGGCUCCUAAAGGUGUAUAGUGAAGGCACCAGGCGAACUUCCCUGGGGAGAGCAUUCCACAGACGGGGAGCCACUGCAUAGAAGGCCCAUUCUCGUGCUGCCACCCUCCUGACCUCUUGCGGAGGAGGCACAUGAAGAAGGACCUCAGAGGAUGAUCUCAGGGUCUGGGUAGGUUCGUAUGGGAAGAGGCAGUCCUUGAGGUAGUUUGGUAGUUCACUAUACCUCAGCCAGUGUGAUGUAUCAGCAGAGCAUACAGAGCCCAGCAGAGUCUUCAGAGAUUUCGUGCUCCCAGCAGAACAGCUUCCAGAGUCCCCAGAUACAAAGCAAGGUGAAACAGUACUAUCUUCUAUAUAAAGUUCUUCUGGGCUUUGAAGUAAAGAUAACAUGUGUACAGAUAAAUCUGCUAGCACUACCACCAUGUAAAAACCACAGCCUCUUUUCUUGACUCUCACAGAUUCAGAGUUGGAUCCUGACAGCAUCAGAACAGAACAUGGACCUCAGGACAUACACAAGACAUACUAAAAGCUAGAGAUUAUUAUACCCAUCUCUACACUUACUGAUGGGAGGGUGAAUGACUCAGCACCCUUAUCUCAGAGCAUCCAGACUUGGGGGAUGUGCUUCCUCCAGACAUGAGCCCAAGCACUGUCAUUUAACCCAUUGUUCACAUCACACCAAUGAAGGGAUGAAAACGAACAAGUUCACUUAUGCUAGAAAUGGGAAGCCUUAGGAACAUAGGAAGUCACCUGGGGCUCCUUUGGAAGGAAGGGCAGGAUAUCAGUUCAGUCAAUCAGGUAAUCAUCUGUCUUCUACUGAGUUGAGUAACAGGGCUGGACAUGAAUGCGAUAGCAUUCUAUGGUUUCCAGCAGCUGAUAUUACUGCUUCCAACUGUGGAGGCAGAGUGUAGCCAUUGUGACUAGUAGCCAUUGAUAGCAUUACCCUCAUCCAACACAUUAUCGCCUGUGAAGACUAGUAGUGGCUUUCCACAGGUCUUAUUUCUCAGCCCUCAUUGGAGUUGCUGGGAUUUGAGUUACAAGUUCCCUAUCCCUGUGGUGCAGAAAUGUGAGGAAUGGAGCCUUAGGAACAUGUGACAGAAUAAGUCACGUGACAGAGGAAGCUUCAGCCUCAUCCUGCCGGCUGUCAAGUUUGUGGGCCGGAUGGGAUGUGAGUUUUCUCCCGCGAACUUGAGUUUGCUAUAUUAUAAAUAAAAAACAGAUUUAUCUAUCUCAUAAAAUUUAUACACUGCUUGAUUGUAAAACAAAACAAUGUGGUUUACAAAACAAAACAAAAAAAUAUGAAAAGGAAUUAACAACAAUAAUUUAAAACUUUCAAAAAAUUAAAAUUAUCAAUAAAUUGAAAACAAAACUUCCACCACCUUUCUAAAUAUCUAGGUAGGCUUGUCUAAAUAAAAGUGUUUCUAGCAGGUGCCAAAAAGAGUACGGUGCAGGCUCCUGCCUGAUAUCAAUAGGCAGGGAGUUCCAAAGUGGAGGUGCUGCCACAUUAAAAGAUUUUAAUGUAUUUUUAAUCUUUGUUGGAAGCCGCCCAGAGUGGUUGAGGAAACCCAGCCUGAUGGUGGGGUAUAAAUAAUAAAUUAUUAUUAUUAUUAAGUGCUUACAAAUGCGGAGCAGGUAUUAAUGUGGCACCUGAAACAGUGCCAGUUCCACCAAUUGAAAUGGUUGAGUGGGCGUAAAUGGGGUAAGGCACUCUCAUAGGUAAACUGCUCCCCAAUAUGAGGUAUGAGCAAACAGGAGUUCUUGGUUGGCGGUGAAACGCCUGAAUGUGCUAACUCAGUGGUUGCCAAUUGGUGGUCCAUGUAACCCACCCAGGGGGCCUAUGGCACAUACCUGUCAAUUGUCCGGAACAUCCUGUUUUGGGGGGCUGUGCUCUUGUGUGGGUCACAUGACUUGCACAGGAGCAAGGUGCAGAAGACUCACAUCCUGGUUUUGCACUGGGACUCAUUGAGUGUUGUUCACAUAACAAAAACUAUGACAGAGAUACCAACAUUUUCAAAAGUAGAGGAUCCAUGGCUUUGGCUUUUGAAAAAUGGGAUUCACAGUACUUGGCUAAUUGCCCUAACUGCCCUAACUCUGAUUUAACUUCCCAUUUUUACAGGAAAUUCAGUAAUUCUGAGACUCUGUGCAGUGAUCAGAAAUACUACUGUGAGCAGUGUCGCAGCAAACAGGAAGCGCAAAAGAGGUAAGCCUAAAAGCUAUUGGUUGUUGCAUUUUUAUGUCACUUUUCCUCCAAUCUGCUCAAGGCAGUAGGCAUGGUUCUCCAUCCUCUUUUGUUCUUACAAUAGCCUUGUAUGGUAGAUUAGGAUAAGAAAAAGUGAUAGAAAAGUCCAUUCGGAAUCUGAACCUGUGUCUUCCUUUGUCCAGCACUUUAAUCAUUAAACCACCCUGGUUCUCAAUAAAAAUAAGAUAUGUUACAGUUCUCUUUUGUUUGAAUUAGGGACAAUACAUUAUAUAGAGAGCCAGGUGUGUCUGCUGCAAUACUAUGAGUACAGAAAACCCCCAAACAUGAUAUUGCAUGUUUACUGCUUUGGUGGUGGUGGUGGUGGUGGUAACUCUCCGUGCUACAAAGCAGCACUUAUUUCAAAGCAACUGCAGUUUGGAACAAUUUGUAUUCCCUAGACUUUCUGUCACUGAACCCCCCUUUUUUUGCUUGCUUGUGGGGUGCCCCACUUUUGUGAUGGAUUUCUUGAAACUAUGCCUGCUGAAAUCUCAGGUGGUGGAAGGAUGACUAAACUAAGUUUCCAGUAGUCGGGCAUUGGUUGAGGGUGCACUGAAGAAGCUCUGUGCAUGACUUUCACAAUCUGAAUCAAUUGUUCAAACCUAUUUUAUAAAAGGUGAUGAAUGAUUUAUGCAAAAUAAGAGACUGAACUCAGCAAGUUGCAGAAUUCUGCAGGCACAAAACUUCGUAUUCUUGAUGCAAAGUGUUUGAAGGUUUACAUGUGGAGGCUGCGACCCUGAUAAGCUUCAUCCUGUGUGACUUAUGUAAAAGAAAGCCGUCAUGUCUCAAUACAAAGCAGGAACAUAUUUUGUGUUUUGAAGCAGAGCCAAUCAAAUAUCUUCUGCUCAAUAUUUUCUCCUUUUCGAAAAUGCCGACUGAUAACCUGCAAAAACAAAUUAAAGCCAUCUGACUUGGAUGGUUGGGUAAGAGUAAGUGUUACCACUUCUGCCUCCUACUUUUCUCACGGAUACAGGAGAAAAUCAAUUGUUCUUAUUUCUUAGUCAAUAGCAGCCAGAGCCAAAAGGCAGAGUUCAUUCUUUCUUCUGCUUUCCUUGUUGUGAUGAGAGACGGAUGCUUUUGGGCCAUACAAGAAGUUGCUUUGAGUCCAUAUGCUCUUUCUCAGCCUUCACCAACCUUGUGCCCUCUAGAUACUUUGCACUCCAACUUCCAUCAACCUCAGCCAGCACAAGAGGGCUUGUAGGCGGAGGCUGAUGAGAGUUGUAGUUCAAAACAUCUAGAGGGCAGCAGGUUGGCAAACAGCCGCACUGAUUCUUCCCAAUGUUGCACAAAAGAGGUACUGAAUAAUGUUUCAGAUUUGCGAAUAUUGAAAAAGUUAUCCAUUUAUUUGAAUAACUUACCAUGUUUACUGUUUUAAACAAGCUUUCUUAGAAUUCAGAGUGAUUUCAUAACAUGGAUUCCACCCUCCACCAUCUCAUUCUCUUUUGGUCUUAUUUUGUGGACCUAGGAUGCGAGUGAAAAAGUUGCCCAUGAUUCUUUCUCUGCACUUGAAAAGAUUCAAAUACAUAGACCAUCUGCAUCGAUAUACCAAACUUUCCUACCGUGUAGUCUUUCCUUUGGAGCUUCGACUCUUCAACACUUCAGGAGAUGCUUCAAACCCAGAUAGGAUGUAUGAUCUUGUGGCUGUAGUUAUUCAUUGUGGCAGGUAAACUAUGAGGGAUCACAUGCAUACCAUGUGAUAUAGCAUUUGCUAUGUAUUUGGGGGAAAUAUUUGUCUGUUCUCUGUCUGUUUGGAGACGUUCUGCUUGUGGGCUUCCCUUAAGCGUUUGCUUGGCUGCUGUAGGAACAGGUGCUGGACUGCAUGAGUCUUUGGUCUGUUCAAGCUUUCUCUUACUUCAGGGGUGGGGAGAAUGUGGCCCUCCGGAUGUUGCGGAACUACAGAUUCAAGAUAAUUCGCCUGUGAUAAUUGGUUCCCUGAGCAUGUUGGCUGGGAGUUGUGGUCCAGCAACACCUGGAGGAACACAAGAAUGUCUUGCAUGUCCUCUAUUACAAGCCUUCUCUCAAAACACUUUAAAGGAAAUCUUCCUACAGCUUUCACCUCUCUUCUCUUGUGCAAAGUAGUCCCCCUCUUGUUCAUUCUGCUUCUGCUCUUUGGUACCUGUCUUCACCAGCUGAUGGCACUUCCCAUAGGAUGGUCUACCCUCAGAAUUAUGGAGUCUGGUGGAUUCCUGAAUGCUCUGGGGGAUUUCCCAGCUGACAUGUUGAGACUGUGGAAUGGUGAUGUAUGUGGAGCUAUCAGCAUGAUCUCUCCUGAGUGUACUCACCAUUGCUGUGGAGCACAUAGGUUGUCUUUGUACUCUAGUGACCUGCAUGUCUGAGGAUGAAGACCAGCUUGAAGAAGUGUGGUUGACCACCUACCCCCUUGACCAUCUUGGCUUCUUAAAGUUGGCCAUAGUAGAUGGACUAGGUGGGUCCAGGGAGUGAUCAGUGCUUCAUUUGAGGAGGGAGAGGUACCACCCACUCUGAACUUCCUUAGAACCUCCUUAGAACCUCCCUCUACCUGGAAGUGUUAAGCAACCAUUAAAAAGGUAAAGGACCCCUGACAGUUAAGUCCAGUUGUGGACGACUCUGGGGUUGCGGCGCUCAUCUCGCUUUACUGGCUGAGGGAGCCAGUGUUUGUCUGCAGACAGUUUUUCUGGGUCAUGUGGCCAGCAUGACUAUGCCGCUUCUGGAAAAACCAGAGCAGUGCAUGGAAAUGCUGUUUACCUUCCUGCUGGGGCGGUACUUGUUUACAAAUAUCACUUUCUGGGACAAGGGUACUUGAGAGGGUGGUGUUGGUCCAGCUUCAGGCAUGCUUUGAGGAGACUGAAUAUCUGGAUCCAUUUCUGCCUUACUCUGAAACUGCCUCAGUUGCCCUGUUUGGUGAUAUUGUUGAUGGAUUGGCUCAAAAAAGUGAGACUUGAGCACACUGUACUUCAAUAGUUUUGCUCAUAUAUUCAGGGGCAUUUCCACAAAGUAACUAUGGGAAGCUACUGUUUGACACUGUGGGAGCUUUCCUGCGAUAUCUUGCAGGGUUCUUGCAGGGAUAUGUGGAUGACACCCAUCACUAUUUGUCUCUCCCAUCUGAGUCAGGAGAGGUGGCUGAGGUGCUAUACUGGUGUUUGAAGGUAUUGGUGGGUUGGAUGUGGACCAAGAAAUAGAAACUAUCCUGAAAAGACAGAGAUGUUAUGUGUUCCAAGUUCUCAAGUCAAGGACAUGGGAAGAUGGCUUCCUCUGGACAGGGUUGCACUUCCGUGGAAGGAGCAGGUUUGUAGCUUGGGUGUACUGCUGGAUUCAGCAUUAUCACUUGAGGCUCAGAUGGCCUCAGUGACUAGGAAUGCUUAGUUCCAGCUGUGGCUGGUUUGCCAACUACAGCCCCUUCUAGACAGCGAUGACUUAACCACUGUACUCCAUGCUCUGGUAACUUCCAGAUUGGAUUAUUCCAAUAUGCCCUUAAAGACAACUCAGAAACUUCAUCUGGUUCACAAUGCUCCAGCCAGAUUAUUGGCUGGGGUUCCCUGUUCUAACACAGCUGCAUUGGCUGCAGGUUUGUUUCUAGGCCUAGUUCAAUGGGCUCACACUAGUGUUUGAAAUACUAAUUGACUUAGGCACCAAAUGACCCCCUCCUUCCCUACGGACUCACUCCGGGCGUAAAAUCAGCAGAAUACCUGGUAGUUUGUCUUGAUAGUUCUACUGCCCUCAGAAGUUUGGGGUGGUGGUUGUAUCCCUGCAGAGGGCAUCACCUCUGGCAACCCCUAAGUUGUGGAAUUUCACAUUUCAGGAAAUGUGAAAGAGGCACCUCUUUGCUAUGGCUUGAGAAGUAUGUUUUCAGGAUGCACACUAAUCCUGUGCUUGUAGUUUGUUUUAACUGUUUUUAAUACUGAUUUUUAAAAUUGUUGUCACCCACCCUGGGCCCUGCUAGUGAAGGGCAAGUAAUAAAUGUGGUUGUGAUACUAGUAAUAAUAAUAUGUCUGCAUCUCAGAGGGUAGCUUACUAGGGAAUGGCUGCCCAUGACUGCAGGUGACAGAUGACUGAUAACUAUUUUAUAUGUUACAGUAGCUUAAUGUGUUCCAUCUCAUUUGUACAAUCAAGGAAGAGUUCUCAAGUUGUUGUUAAAAAGCAAAAAACUAUUGUUGGAUUUCCCCCACUCCCUGCUGCCCCCUACAGUAAUUUAAGACAUUUGCUUGAUGCGCGCACAAAUUAUACAUGAAUUAAUGUUUUCAACUGAUUGUUUAGAAAUGCUGAGUUAUUUGUAGAAGCCAGGUGUAGGCUGCUCCCAUCUUCUCUGAAAAGGAAAUUGAAAUAAAAUCUAUUAUUGGAACAAUGAAAUUAUUUAAAGCAGUAUAGUUUGACCAAAUGUUUUUAAAGGUUUAUAUUUUCAUGGAGUCAGCGCCACCUGGUGAGAAUUCAUCAGCACCGAGUUAACAAGGGUAGCCAAUUAAAAAUGGCAAAAGGGAGCAUUACCUGCACAUAGGAGGCUACCUUAGAUACGGUCAGACCGUUGGUCAGUCUAGCUCAGUAGUGACUGCACUAUCUGGCAGUGGCUCAGGAGUUCCUCUCCCUGGAGAUGCUGGGGAUUGAGUCAGGGGCCAGUAGCAUCCAAAGCAUGUGUGCUGCUGUUGAGUCACACAGCCCUUUCCCAAAGAACAGUAAAUGCCAAUGAGAAGGGUUGCAGCCUAACCUCUACCCUGACUAGUUUGCCAUGCACAUGAAGUGUUUUUGUUUGGAGGGCUGUUCAGUCUUGUGAACUGCCUGCUUGAAGUGGUAGAGCACAGACACAGAUUCCCAGGUUGCUAAGAAUUAGGCCUACAUUGCUGUGUGGCUCCUGUAUUCGCACACACUUUAAAAAAAACCUGUAGGUUUCAGUGACAACCAUUAAUUUAUGAUAUUAAUAUACCACCUGUCUGACUGGGUUGCCCUAGCCACUCUGGGCGACAUCCAACAAAUUAAAACAUCACAGUAAAACAUAAAACAUUAAAAACUUCCCUAUACAGGGCUGCCUUCAGAUGUCUUCUAGAAGUUGUAUAGUUGUUUAUUUAUUUGACAUCUGAUGGGAGGGCGUUCCACAGGGCGGGUGCCACUGCUGAGAAGGCCCUCUGCCUGGUUCCCCGUAACCUUACUUCUCACAGGGAGGGAAACAUCAGAAGGCCCCCAGAGCUGGUCCUGUGUCCAAUGGAGGUGGAAAUGUUCCUUCAGGUAUACAGGGCUAAAGGUGUUCAGGGCUUUAAAGGUCAGCACCAACGUUUUCAUUUUGUUCCAGUGGUCCAAACCGUGGACAUUACAUCACCAUUGUGAAGAGUCACGGUUUUUGGUUGCUGUUUGACGAUGAUAUUGUAGAGGUAGGUCUACAUAUUAUGCCAACUUCUCACACCCUGGUGAUAACUCUCACGGUGUCUUGGAUGUAAGUCAUUGUCACGACACAUUAUUUAGGCGUUUAACCUUGACUGGUGAAAAGUGAGCUGCUUUUACCAGUCCCGUAAACACUUUUGGUGGUUGGUUAUUUUGCUGUUGUUUUCUCAUUCUUUGCCACUGAUGGUCACAGAAGAAUAAGGGUUCAAAGGGGGGGGGAGAGUCUUAAGAGAUCUGCCACCAGGUGCUUUUGCAUAGCAACAAGUGCAGAAAUCCUGGAUGGGCUUCAUAAGUAAGCAAAGAGCAGGAUGGGGAAGGGAAGGAGAAGGGAGGCAAAAAUUAAUAAAGUUCCAUCUUGAAGGUUGGGGUUCAGUGCAGGUCCUGGAACAACUGAAGUCAACUGAUACAGGUGCCCUGACUUGAAGGUGGUUGAUAUUGAAAAGUGAUUAAAUUAUUACAGACUCUGUUGGUUGCCUUGUUAAAGGCAACAGCAUAAUUUCAAAUGUCUCCUCUAACCAUGGUGUGCAAACCCACUUCAAAGCAUGUGUUCAUUCUCUCAUUUACAAAGGAAUUGUGACUUGCAUUUAAAAUGGUUUACAUAGAUGCACAGGUAGUGCAAAAUCCCAGUUAAAUAUCCAGAAUAAAAGAGGAUGAUCACCCUGGAGUGGGGGAAAGGGAGGGACUGUUUCGUUCCUGUCCAGUUCCAGAUUUGCCAACCAGAGUACCCAUGUUACAUCUGCACUGGACAAAAUUGAUCCCAUUUACUGUCCACUGUCUAGAUCAGCGGUUCUCAACCUGUGGGUCCCCAGAUGUUGUUGUACUACAACUCCCAUCAUCCCUGACCACUAGUCAUGCUGGCUAGGAAUGAUGAGAGUUGUAGUCCAACAACAUCUGGGGACCCACAGGUUGAGAAACACUGGUCUAGAUCAUGUUUUCUCUUCCCUGUUUGAUUGGAGCAACAUCUGUUGACGUCUAGACAUAGCAGUCAAUGGGUCAGAGUGCUGUCACUAUUCACUGCUUUCCACCGGAGAGACAAAGGAGGCCAUUUAGAAAAGACACUCUGAGUCAACACCGAACUUGUACUUCUAAGUUUCAAGGCUAUGAAGAUGUAACUUUUCCAAAAAUACAGUAUUGAUCCUGCAGUAUUCUUGAUAUUAGGGCAAGGAACAUAAGGGUGUUGGUUGCCAUGAGACUGAUGUGUUUUCACUUCCAGAAGCCAAUAGUUUCGGCAGCAGCGUCAAAGUGUUUAUCAGAUUGUGAAAAAUAGCUGCGGAAACGGGAAGAAGUUGUUUUCAUACCCUGGCUAUUUUUUCUUAAGAACUGUUGUUGAAAGGACUGGCAAUGAAAAUUGGAACCCAUUUCCUUUUCAGUUCUUAGUCUGAAAGAUUUUUUCAUGUGUGGAGAAAGUUCUGUUUGUUUAAAGGAAAAGAUAUUGCAACCAAGCUGUGUGGUUAAUUAAGUGGCUUAUUGUUGGGUGGGGAGGGGAGCCGUCCGCAAUUUAGCCACUGGUCAGGGUUAUGGGACCCUCAGGUUUCCCCUAUCAGUUCUUCAUUUUUAUUAUUAUUUUUAUUACAGAAUUAGUAAUCAGCUGGUUGGUUGAUGGGUUGUGGAAAGGCCUCUGCUCCCAGGGACCACAGUGUAUUCUAGAUCUGAUGCCUAUAAACCCAUAGAGACAGAGCUUAGCCUCCUUUCUUUUCUCUUAUAUGGGUCUGUCUCCAUAUCGUUCGAGGACCACAUCUUCCAUGUUCCUUAUCAAGCCAUAAGUACAGUGUGUACCCUUCCUUUUGCUGUGGCACCUGCCUACCCAUCUUGGGUUCCCCAUUGACAUUUGUGGCAUGGGUUGCUGCCAAUCUGGUCCCCUGGGGCUAGGUUGGUUUCUGAGGUUUCCACUGGGGUGAGUCAUCAGAUCACUCUGGAGGACAGCUGUUCUUGCUCCUUUUUCUUUUAGAAAUGGAAUUCCGUGUCUCCAGGUAUUCUUUGUCAGUGUUAUAGUUUCUGUUAGGGUGUCAUUGGCAAGCCUUGGUGCUCUAGGGUCACCAUCUGGAUCCUGCUCCACAUUGAAAGUGGCAAAUGCCUGGAUGGGAUGGAAGAAUCCUCCCACCACUGCCUGUCUGAGUCCUCAGAAUCCCAGUUUCUUUCCCCAGAUUUAUGUGUCACCAAAUCAGUAACUGCAGCUGCUGUUUUAUUGAUGGCUACAUAUCCAUCCAGGAUCUGAGUUGGUCUCUGCUGGAUUGCAUUGAAAUAGCUUGUAUCCAGCUCCCCCAGUACUACUAUAGCUGGGCUCCUGAACCACUUUUCAUAGGAAUCCUUAUCUUGGUAUCAAACAGGUAGGGGUGCAAUGGAUCUCUUGAACCAUUAGCCUCUGCUAGUGCAUUUAAAGUCCCAGCAGACCUACCAUGACUUUUCCACAGCCUCACUGCCCAUGUGAGCCAGAAGACUGUUCAUUCUCUCAGUGGCUCUAUUUCCCUGGUUAGGGCCUGGAUCUGAGUAGCUGUCAUUGGUUUAAUUCGAGUAAUGACUUCUUGUUGCUGUAUUAUGAGCCCUGUGUUGGCUCAUCUUUUCCCAGCUGCCUUUUCUGUUUUUCUUUGUGAUGUUCUGUGAGUGCUCUCAAUUUUUAUUUAAUCAUCUUCUCCCUUUUUCUCCCUAGUAACUUGCCUCCCAGCACCUGCUAGUAUCUCCUGACGUGACUUGUCUGAUUCCUCCUGAAUUUGUUGGAUGGCUUAUAUCAUAUCCUCUGCUACCCAGUUGAUUCUGUUAAAUCAGACAUUGGUAUCAGUUGCCUGCCUUCCACCAUUACUCAGGACAUUGAGAGCCUGGUUGUGCCUUCUGCUGUUUUUGUCCAGUCUUUGACUUGUUUUUGCUUUGGCUCAACAGGAGGUUGGCAAGGACCUGAAUCACAGGUCUGCUCCUGUGGUGUAGUCAUUGCAAGUCCCAAAUGCCCAUAUCCCUUUUCACCUUCAUAUACAAACAUUUCAAAGAAUCAUAGAAGCGUCACCUAGUACAACCCCUGCAAUGCAGGAAUCACAGCUACAGUAUCCCUAGCAGAAUGGCCAUCCAACAUUUGUUUAAAAACCUCCAUGGAAGGAGAACCCACCACCUUCCGAGGGAGUCUGUUCAACUGAACAGCUCUUAAUGUUAGAAAGUUCUUCGUAAGGUUUAGUCAGAAUCUCAUUCCGUGUUAAUUUUAAUCUAUUGGUUUGGGUCCUACCCUCUGGAGCAGCAGAAAACCAGCUCAUUCCAUCUUCCACAUUACAACCCUUCAGAUAUUUGAAGACUGCUAUCAUACCCUCUCUCAAUCUCCUCUCCUGCCGGCUAAACAUACGCAACUCCCUCAACCGUUCCUCAUAAGGCUUGAUUUCCAGACCUUUUGUUAUCUUGGUUCCUCCUCUGCACACCUUCCAGCUUGUCAGUAUCCUCCUUAAACUGUGAUGCCCAGAACUGGUUGGUGAGAUCCGACUGUGCCUUCGGGUCCUAAUAUGUCUAAUAAAGAAUAGUGUUGGCUAUGAGAAGCAGUGCUCCCAAGUUUAUUUAAAACAUCUUUUAAGAAUAUAAAACCUCAAUAUUGGUGGUACUUAUUAAUACAACAUAGAUUUGGACAGAAAUGGAAACCCCAGUUUGGCAGCCAUGGGGCUUGAUGAAAAGAUGGGGCCACCAUCACAUCCAUAGGUCUGCCUCUUGUGCUAGGGCAGAAGGCAGGGAACGGGGCAGGCAGACAAAAUGCUGUGAACCUGAAGCUGGCACGGUUUUUUAGUCCCAGAUGAGUCUCGAUUGUAUCAUGUGCUGCUCUGGGUCCUGUGCAUCCCAGGCUAACUCAGGCCCUUCACACACCUUGUUUCUGGGGUUUCCAGCCAUCCAUUUGCCCAAUCCAGCCCACCCCCACCCCAGUGCAAAAAGGGGGGGGGGGCAAAGAUUGUAUCCAUCAAACCCAAAUCUACUUUUGCACUGUAGAUCAAUACUAACAGUUUUCUUUAUAUUUUUGGGUUUUUGCCAAUAAUUGCCAGUUUCUGAAGAACUGUGCUAGCUAUGAUAAAUUAAAUGUCUGCUUAUUUUUUACCUAUACAUCCAAAUGUUACCUUCCAUUACCGUAUGGGCCUUAUCAAUGAAAUGGAUUUAGCACUGGUGAUAAAUCCUCCUGUGGCGAAGUCUCCUCCUCCAGACUCCCCUCUUCUACCGCCACAGGCAGCUGUCUCACCGGUUCCACAGAACCACACAAAUCACUGGCCCUCCCCUUAGAUUAUCCUUCCCAACUGCCUCCUCUGCCCACACAUGCCCCCACUCCUCAGGCUCCUGCCCAUCGCUGACAUGGAGAAUCUAAAGGAAUGCAUUUCCUUUAACCUUUUCAAAUACUUUUAAAUUAAAUUGUAAUAACAAGCAGGCAGGUUACAGGAAAAAACAUGUGAAAGUAAAAUCAGUUUUUUGUUUGUUUUUUAAAAAAGAAAAGAUAAGCUGUCACAAUGCCAGUAAGUAACUACAGGGUAGAAUUAAUGCAAUUUACUGUUGAUAAUAGACCAUCUUAAGAGGGAAAGGAUGCCUGGUCUCUAAUUACAAAGAGUUCCAUAGCCUAAAGCAAAAUACAGUGGUACCUUGGGUUACAUACGCUUCAGGUUACAGACUUCGCUAACCCAGAAAUAGUACCUUGGGUUGAGAACUUUGCUUCAGGAUGAGAACAGAAAUUGUGUGUCAGCAGUGGGAGGCCCCAUUAGCUAAAGUGGUACCUCAGGUUAAGAACAGUUUCAGGUUAAGAACAGACGAAUUAAGUUCUUAACCCGAGGUACCACUGUAGCUUUUCUAAGAUGAUUUUCUAAGUUUCUAUAGAAAUUGAAAGCUGUUAUAUUUUGAAAUGAGCCCCCUUUUUAAUUAAAGUCCUGCUUGAUUAAUCAGUGGUACCUUUUUAGGCUAGGAAAUAUUUGUUUUUGAGCAAUUUUUGUCCUUCUGUAGUAUACUUAGAGGUAAUGUGUGGCUAAUAAUCCAAAUUAAAUAGCUGGUUGCAUAAUCCCAGUAAAUUUUCCAAGUCUUUUAAUUCUGAUGCAGUCUCUCUGUGACCACCACCACCACCUCCCAGAAAUAUUUUGCUGAAUUUAAAGGGGGGGGGGAGAGACACUAAGUGAGAUUCAGCAGGUAGUGAUGUUAUUUUCCCCUCCUUAAUCUUCUUGUUGUCUUAAAUUGCAGAAAAUUGAUACUAAAGCAGUUGAAGAAUUCUAUGGAUUAACAUCGGACGGUUCCAAAAACUCAGAAUCUGCAUAUAUCCUCUUCUAUGAAUCAAGGCACUAAGACAGUGCACCCUGAAGCAUCUUGCAUGUUUUCAGAAAAGGAAUCAAGCCACUGCUCAGAUAGGACAUUGUAGUGAUAGUAAAAUCAAUACCUCAUCAUUGCCAUAGGACCACAGGACGUCACCAGGACAUAAACUGGGACAUUUUCUCAAGGACGACAACUGCCAUUAGCAAGAAGGCAUCUUGCUUUGGAUUUCUUUCUGGGCUAUUUUAUACUUGUUAUCUUCCCAAAUCUGUGUUACCUCUACUUGAAAUAUGCCUGCUUGAACAUUCAAGAACCAAGGAAAUAUUUUCUUGUUUUUCAGUAGUAUUAUGCAGUUAGUUAUUAUUCAGGGUUGAUGGCCUGAGACUGUCCCUUGGUUUCUAUUUCUCCUGUUUUUUUCUGUAUUCUAGCAGAAUGAUUUCAGUCUUCAGUGUCAGCUCAAGACCUGUUUUAGGGUGUGAGUUGCAGAAAGUUGCUGACUGCUGUUGGUGGCCCAAAACAGGAUUGCUGCCAGAUUAAAUUGUAUUGGAAAUAUCAUGACUUUAAUUCUGUGUGUGGCAAGAGAAAAAGAAAAAGUUGUCCCUAUAGUGUUGUGAAUUUCCUCAAAGGGUAGCAUUUUGAUUUCAGACAACACUAUUAUUCUUCUUCAUUUAUCCCCACUUUGUUCCCCCCCCCCCAAAUCUUAUUGAAAUGUUAUUUUUAUGUGCUUUAUAAUGUAUUCUCUACUCAAAGCCGCAAUAUUGCAGAAUCUAAGGGAGCAAAAAGUAGAUGAAAAUCUUUGAGGACCUGUAAGAUGAAUUGAUUGUAUUUCUUGGAGCUCUUAUAUAAGCCAAAAGUGCCCUCUUCUGAAAAUAGAUAUAUUUGUUGUUUGUUUCACUGUAUAACAAACUCUACAGACACAAACAAAAAGGCAGGUUUUGGAUUGAAUCUACAUUCUAGAAAUACCUAUUAAGAGGCAACACUAAUUCUGAGAAUUAAUGAACAAAUCAUCCUUGUUUUGCAAACAGCGGGAGUUUAAGAAGAAAUAACUGAGGUCAACAUGUACCGAUGCCUUGAGAAGUAUCCAAUUUAAGCUGUGGACCAUGUAUAAUUGCCCAGUUCUCGAUUGGCUGCUGCUUCAACAGAAAAACAAGGCUGUCUCAUGAAGACUGAAUUUCACUUAGUGUCUGUUUACCAGAUCUGCUGCCCCUGUUUAUCCUGCCACCUGAAUUGGUCACCACUGUGCCUCCUGGGUGGGGUGGUCCAGGAUCCAGUGACCAGUUUUGGCUAUGGGGAGUCUUUGUUGUGCCUAAAUUGACAUUCCCACCUGAAAUGGCUUCCCAGCAUGUUCAAGUGGAGGGGAGACACUUUGAGCAGUCCUCUAAAAACAUCAGGAUUGCCUCCAUUGUAGCAAUGGGAAACAUGCGCAGCAGCUCCUUGUAAGCGUUAGAGCACAUGGAACUCUGUACUGGGACACAUGAGUGGAAGUGGAGAUUCAGCCUUCCAUUUGGUUGUAACAUUAAAGCCGCCUCUGCUUGUCCCAAAGCAGCCCUCCGUAUCAUGCUCACUGUCGAGGAGGAGAUCUACUUAAUUACAAUUCCAUAACUUGUGCUCUGGUUCUCCCCCCCCCCCCCCCAAAAAAAAACCCACAACCAUUAUGUGCAAACAUCACGUCACAUUCUCUUAAUGUCUUCUUACGCAAUUGUCUCCCCGGCAGAAUUCUGCUAGCAACAAAUUCUGCAAUUAAAAACGGACAAACUGUCAGGUUUCAGCAUUCACACUUCAACCACUUCAGGGAGAAAACUGAUGUUGCCUAAUAUAUUAAUGCCAAAAUAUGCAAAAGUAAUAUUUUCUUCAGAGGUUGUCAUCACUAAUAAAAUAAGUCUUUGACAACUGGCUCUUGAUAAUGCACUACAAGUGAAUGUUCUGUUGGCUAGAAAUCCACCCAUAAAGACCCAAAAUGAGGCCGUUAAGCAAAGCCUGUCAUCUUGUAGGUCUUCAGAGGAAGGUCACAGGUGUGAAGGCACGCACUAAGCAGCAAAUGGCAGAGUAAUGUAGGAGAACAUAAGGCAGAACAUAGGACCACCCACUUCUAUUUUGUAUAGUUGGUGAUAAUCCUUUUACAAAUAAAAUGCCUUGUAAGAAAUAGAAAAUAUUAAGAGAUAUAUAUACUAUAGAUUAAAAGGGCACUUUUGCUACAGUUUCUAUUGUGAAGAGAGUGGUUUGAUGCUGCUUCUGUAUAAUUAAAUGACUGCCG